CACACCAGCAGGGGGCAGCUCUCCGAUAAACAGCAGCACAGUGGCCGCCGCUCACAAAUCCAAGAUGUCUGCGCCCUGAAGGAUGUUGCUAACGGCGUGAAGGUACAGGACAGUGGACAGGUAUGUUAAUAUCGACCUUUAAAUGAUUCUCCGGGGUUUAAUACGGUUCUCUCUGGGCUGGUAUAAAUAUUGUGUGAUAUUUGUAGUGUGGAUGCAGGUAGUGAGUCUGUAGUUUAUUAUUUGAAGUGUAACAGGACAUAAAGAGCCGCUGCUGUGUCUCUGAAUAAUGUUUGAUAGUCGGUCCUCUUUUACAGCAUGAUAAUACUGAUGCUGUUAUUUUCAGUAUUUUAUCAUUCAGUCGGACAUUGAGGUUUUUAACGGUGUAAUUCGGUGGAUUGAAGGAUAACUCAAACGGGAUAUUGAGACUAAGCAUGAAGACAGAAAGGUCCAUUAGAGAUGAACUAUGAGUUUAGUUUACUCGACAAAUAGGUCUCAUAGAGCUGUUUGUGUCAAUAUAUGAAAAGGGUGAACUACUGAGAGGGAGGGGAUUGAUCUUUUGUUACCAAUCGUUAACACCACCAAAGACCCCGACAGCAAAUUAACUUUUUAUUUCAAUCUUUAUGUUUACAUUUGAAAUGAACUCCUGAAAUAACCUUUUGUGAAACAAAGCAAGUAGAAAUCCACGAAAAGUCAUUAUUUCAUGUCAAACAUUUGACUGCAAUUACACACUGAAAGAAAUCCUGUAAACUCCACAGUGUUUAUUAUUUUAGCACCAAAGUUCUGCUGUUGUUCCUAUCAUCUCCUUGUGUGUUAUUUUCACUACUGAAGCUCACUGGGUAAAUUAUAAAAACAAUUUGACUGUAAGUAAAGCGUGUGGAUUUUGAAACACUAAGAUAAUAUCAGUGAGUUCUUUCUAGCAUUGCUGAGUUGGUGUCAAUCAGAACAGUUCGAGUUUUGUUACCCUUUAGUUAACAUUAACCAAGAAUCCUUUACUUUUACCAAUGGUUUCUUUACUUUUACUCAAUUAUUCUUUAAUUUUAUUUAGUUAACAUUAACCAAGAAUCCUUUACUUUUACUCAGGUAUCCUUUAAUUUUACCAAUGGUUUCUUUACUUUUACCCAUGGUAUUUUUACUUUCACUCAAGUAUCCUUUAAUUUUACCCAUGGUUUCUUUACUUUUACUCAAGUAUCCUUUAAUUUUACCCAUAUUUUUUUUUACUUUAACUUUUACUCAAGUAUCAUUUAAUUCUACCCAAGGAUCCAUUACUUUUACUCAAAGAUCCUUAAUUUUUACCCAAGGAUCCUUAAUUUUUACUCGAGGAUCAUUUACUUUUACCCAAGGAUCCUUUGAUUUUACCCACAAAUCCUUUACUUUUACCCAAGGAUCCUUUGAUUUUACCCACAAAUCCUUUACUUUUACUCAAGGAUCCUUUACCUUUCACCUUAACUUUUCUAAUCUGAAUCUGUAUCUACUGUACUGGUGCUGCAGUGCCACUGUUUUUGAAAUACAGUUAGAGCCAUUUUCCACACUUGGCAUUUAAAACAGCUUGAGAAUUUUAAGUAUAACCAAUAAUUUGAUGUUGGCUAUGGAUGACAUUUACCAUUUACCAUUACCAUUUUUUUUGACAUGGUGACUACAGCCAUAACUGUCUUGAGCUUAUGCCGGUCAUUGAUUACAGCACCACAUUUUUGGGUUGACAUCAGUAAAUCUAUUCUUCUAUCUGCCUGUCACUAGUUACCAUGCUGUAUAUAAAAUUAACACUUUGAUUUCUACCUAGCGUAACUUUUAGUGCUGACAAAUUGUUCUGGUGCAGCCAAAGCCUGGCCUAGUAGAGCUACAAAACCGACGUCAUACAUUUUCCACCAACAAAAAGGCACAUUUAAAUGACAGAUAAAGUGUCUUAAGUGUUGUUCGCUUAGGUUGGUAGAGUUCAUAACAGAACAGCUUUCUGUGAUGAUUUUAAGCAGACACUUGAGGCUGUUGAAUGUUGAAUAGCUCUUGUGUUGGUUUCCAUAACUUCCUCCAGCUGUUCCUCUGCGAAUCUAAUCUUUUACAGAACACUGCAGCAGCUUGCAUUUAUCUGCAGAGUUGUAAGUUAGUCUUCAGAAAAAAAGGUAUGUGUGUUUUUAUUUUCUUGACCCAUGUUCCAUCUAUUGACAUGAGGGAGGUGGUGUUAAUCAGCAGCUCUGUAACCAGCCAGAAUGUUGAUAUAAUUAUAGUUAGCCUGCCAGAACAUGUUUAUAGACAGCACUCAGUAAAUGAGACUGAGACUGAGAAGGCUCUGAUCAGUGCCAGUAGAUUCAGUGGAAAACACAAAUUAAUUUCUGCUUGGUGUGAGAUGCAGAGCUGAAAGUCUGCCUUGAUAGGUGCUGACACAUUGCAUUAGUGCAGCUAAGCCAUGCCCAGGGGUGACCUGCUAGUAGAGCUACAGGAUUGGUAUUCAUUAACCAAAAGAGGCAUUUAAACCAGCCAAGAAAAUGUUCAUCUCUCAGGUUGGUACAGUCAGCGGUGGAGCUGCUAAAGACUUUUGAAAAUCUGAAUAUAUAUUUGAGUCCUUUUGAAACAUGGAAAUUCAGGAUUGAAAGUAAAUAUUUGAUUGUUAAUGAAUAGAUGAAUAAACAAAGCUUUUCUGUGCAGCGGUUUAUCAUGUAAUUUGUGCUGUGGGCUUGGUUGCAGCGCUGAAAGCUCUGCGUGAUGGACAGUUGAAGGAAUCACAAAUUCAGUAAUGAUGAUGGCAGAGACUUUACAUGAGCAUCAUUUGAACCCUGAGCCUGGUUUGUGAUACUUAAUGGCUUUUGGUCAGUUUUACGGGCAGUUGUGAGGCAGAUUAAGAUAUCAUCGGCCAGACUGUCCAGUGGGGGAAAAAGCCGAAUAAAUCAUCACCAUAUCAGUCCAAAUAUGAAACAUCUUUUCCUUUAAACUCGUGGGAAAACCAGAGUCCAGAGAAACUUGCACCAGACUGAGUGACAAGAAGGUUUUCGUCUGAUUUUGUUGGCUUUAUGGAUGGAAAUGAACGUUGACACUUCAUAAUGAACAUCUCAGCCACUCACAGGAUAUUACAUGGUAUUACAAAUACAUUUUGACAACAAAUGAAACAUACAGUGAAGUGAAACUCAAAAUCCUGCAUGUCUGAAAACUGGGUAAACGAUUAUAUCAGGGUCUCACUUCCUGCGGUUUAUCACUGAUGUGCUGUCUGUAAUACAAUCAAAUUAAUCAUUUAGUUAGUAAAUUUAGACAAAGAAACUCGACUGAAAACCCCCCCAAAAAGCUUAAAACUAAACUUUACUGUAAAACAAGGCUUGUACAUGAAUGAGUAUAAUGAGAUCCAAUAUUUUUUUUGUGUGGCACUAUCUUGUACAGUGGCCAUUCGACAACUCAGUAUGUCCUGUUGUCUGCAGACUGUGACCACAGUAUAGGUAGUAAUAGUAGGAGAAAACAUCAAUACAGCAUAGUAUUGUGAUAUUUUGUAUGGUGAUAUGUCGUAUCAUCUCAUCCGUCAAGUAGCGAUUUUUUUCAAAUUAACUGCUAAUAUGAACUCAAGUCUAUGAUAAUGGAAAAAUACAAUCAACGGUUUGUCCAGUGAGGUCAGCAGUGGUGAAAUCGUAGAGCAGGAGGAAGUUAGUACAACAAACAUGGCAGCACCUGGGGAGGGACAUUAGAAAUGCAAGCAGGGCACAAAUAAUGGACCUAACACAUAAGGUUUGCAACAAGUGCUAAAUGGAAAUAAAAUACUGUGUAAAUAAGACAAACAUAAGGGAAAGACAAAUGCUACAUCAGCUAAGCAGUUGAGAAAAUUGUACAAAUCGCAAUAUAUGGUAUCACAAUACUCACUGUAUCGCAAAAUGUUUAAAAUCGCAAUAAUAUUGAAUCGUGGGGCCACUAGAGAUUCCCACCCCUAAUAGAUCGCUGGAUUAAAAAACAUUACUCAAUGUCCAGUUAAAGUAUCUUAAUCACAUGAUCUUAACAGACAUUGGAUAAUCUUGUGAAGGACAGGGAAAGAAGUUAACUGUCUGCUUCAUAUUUGUGAUAUACUGCUUUGUGUUGGAACAUUAUUCUACCAUCAGUCAACAGCUGCAUUGAAUUGUCACAGCCUGGUUACAUCAGCUUGUUAAAUAGGUAUUUGUUCAGCAAGAUGAUGACCUCCUUGAAAUGAAAGAAGAAGAAAAGGCUGCACUUAUACCAUGCCGUUCUCCUCUUACAAACACUGAAGGUGCUUGGACCAUAUCAUCUCACGUGACGCUAAUAGAGCCAUCAUAGAAGUUUAAUCCAGAAGUCAUUCACUGGGUUCUUGACAGAGGACACUUGGACGUGGGAAUCAAACCUCAAACCGUCUGAACAGAGCACAGUUGUUUCUAACCAGAUCCAAGAAUUUUAAAGUUGAAAUGAUAGAAACUGUAAAAAAAACAUCAUGAGACAAAAUGAUUCUCGCCGGUGUUAAAAAAAUCAAACCCAUAUCCUGACUGCAAAUCUUUCGCAGCUAAAUUAAAAUCUCUCUCCACCUUCAUCUGGAGUCUGUUGCUGCUCUGAUGUAGGCUUACUCUCAGGUGUGCAUCUUCAACAUGGCCAUGCUGUUUUAUAUUGAUCACGCGUCCCCAGCUCUCUGAAUGCGAGGUCCAUCUGCAGCAGCAGCAGCUCAGACCCAGAGGGCGGGUUAGAGGAGUGUUCAGAGUUCAGAGCAUUUACUGUCACAUUCUGGCUGCAGUCACACUUGGCUUGCACUUUCUUGAGCUGUAAUUCUGAAGGCUGGCUUUUAUAAUGUCAGAGCUUUGUGCAUUCACAUGUUGCCUGGAGAUGGCUGUGACGCUUCUGCUCCGUGUUUAAUCAUCUAAAUCUGUGACUGCUUCGCCUCUUUCUAUUCCUGCCUCUCCACGCUCGGUUUGUUUAUGUGUUGUUGCUGAAUAUCAUCAAAAACACAAUAUCAUGAUGAAGUCUGAUGAUUUCCAAGAGAUACAAGGGCCGUUUUGCUGCUUUUUAUGUAUUCAGGCUCUGUAAAUCAGACUUCAGAUUUAACGUACCUUAGUAAAUAACAUGAUAAAAGGUCCAGUCGGACCCCUCAUAUAAUUUUGGCUCGUCUUUUGACAUAUUGGUCUAUGGUUUUGCUAAGUUAUUGCAAACAGCACACAGCUGUAUAAAACAGCAGAAUAAUAUAUGCCAGUCUCUCUGCAAAUAAACCAGAAGCUGAUGUGAAAUGAGUGUUGCUUUCCCUGUUUUAUAAUUCAGAUUUCUGGAGUAUCAAUCUCUGCCGCUGAUGCCUUUUGUUGUUGCUUCUUUGAGAUUUAUUCCGAGCACAGGCAGUUUGUUACACAGUCUGUGUUUCUAUCAGACAUGAUGGUGAGACGGAAAUGUAAUUCAGGGAAAGCAGUAAAGGAAAAGGCCUCCCUGGGAUUUGAAUAUAGACAAGCGGAGAUUAUACAUGCAGGGGGGUUUCCACUGGGAGUCAUCACUAUUCAAGGAAAAGUUCCUGGUUUGAACUCAGGCUGCUGUGAUGGGCAUGUGUGUGCUGCUUCAGUAGUCAACUUUUCACCCAACAGCAUUAAAGAGCACAGUGGACAGCUACUGUCCUCAUUAACAGUCUUUUUCUUGCACAGUGACAGCCAGAAAAACACGGGUGACAAGUGAACUGAUGUAAUACACUGUGCCGCAACAACUAUAUGGUCACAGCUUCCCCCCUGCACACAGUAUUUGAUGGCUGUUGUGAGAUUCAUUUGAAACCAUGGGGGUUGAUAUUUUGCUGGAAACAGACACUACUCUUCACUGGAAACUUUCCGCAUUAUUUUACAGACCCGGCUUUGGGGAUUUGGCUUCCAUUCUGUCACCAUAGCAAUAACUUGGUGAGUCAUCGAUGUUCGGUGAUUACACCUGCUUCACAGUUGAAGAGUUAAUACCUGAGCUUUUGCAUGGCUCAUACAGCAGAGGCAAUCAAUAUGGACCUGGCUUUUUCUGCAGGGGCAAAUCUGAGUGCCAUCCCCAAACAGCCAGACACUUUAAGAAAUUAUCUUGAACUUUAGAUUUUUGUGGUUUUCUUUUAACCUUUAACUUGGUAAAGGAAGCCUUAACAGCCUCACACCAUGAGUAUAAAACAGUGCAGAUGUUACCCAAAUAUGCUGUAAAGUCAUAUAAAUCUCUAUAAAGUGGCUUGUGUAGUUCAUGUUGCUCAUGAAUCACUUAUUCAGUGAUUCAUGAUAACCUUUCUUUAGAGGUAAAUUGCCCACUUUCAUGUAAAUGCAGAGUGACAUUAUGUAGCAGGAGCAGAAGCUGGCAUUCUGCGAGUGAAGACUAAACAUAAGCUUUCCAUAACAGUAAAGUAUGGGCUCUAAAACUGAAUCUCUGACCCUGUAGGUAUGCCAGGGAUUUCACCACCUCUUCAAAGGUUCACUAAAUAAGAUAUAAGAUACUGAGGCAAUCAUAGGAAUGAAACUAUGUUUCUGCUACACAUUUUAUUAGUUGACGUCUGCAUCCUUACAAACGCAACCAGUGCAGCUCAAUCUUUGUACAGUUUCCCUUACAUGAGAGCUGAAACCCAGAGCAGAUUCAUUCCAUUGAUGUGAUAUCCUGCUGUCUUACAUGAUAAGGGGUUGAAAAGAAGCUAUUUUAGACACAACCUUCGACUAGGGAUAUUUGAAUGUAACCAGUUUCUAAGUCAUUUAAAUGGAAACUAGAACUCUGACUUGCUGACUAGUUAAGCGGUAAAAAAAGUAAAAAUCACUCAAAGCUGCAGUCAAAUUUGAGCACGGUUUAUUUAAAACAACAAAAUACAAGAUCUCAGAGUCUGCAGGUAUAAUAUGACCGGCGGUGAUGAAAGAGACAAAUGAAAGUCAGUGCCUCUUUUUGGACAACAACGCUAACCAGAUCAUCACCAACAAGACAGUGUUUCUCUGUUAACCUCUGGAGUCAGACUCAACCAUUAAAGCAAUGCAACUGACACCAUGAGUGUUUUAAAUGGUUGGGAAAUAACUUUUUUAUUUCAAAUUAUUUCACACAGAAGUUUCACAGUGAGAGAUACAUUAAGCUAUUGUCAGACCAAAGAGGUCCAGUUCAUGAAAAAGAAAACACACUGUGAAGGACAGUAUCAACAAAAAAAAAAAGAUAUAAAAAAACAAAAUCAAGACAAACCUUAAAGGGAUAUUCCAUCGUAAAAUUAUUUUACGGUCAAACACACCGUAACACUGAUUAGACACCCCCUCAAGAGAUGAAUGUUGCCGACCACUUGCUUCUCUAGUUAUACCAACUUUAGUAACGACCGCACAAUAGCAAUACACAGCGGUCCCAGGAUCUACUUACUCAACCAAAACGCCACUCUAUAGCCACAAAUAAUGCUCAGAACAGCACCUAACUUUAUCAACAGUACAUAUAGGGUCCCAGCCACAGCACUAGCCACCAAACAUCUUUUUAGCUUUGCCUAAUUUCUUUAGCAAAGAGACUAAACACAACUCACCUACUCUCUUCCAGCAGCUGCUUGUUUGUAGCGAGACCUCGGGCCAGUCCAUUACGGACUGCAGCGGGGUGACGCUGCUCAAGAACAUUUAUGAUCAUUACUUGAUCAUUUCCUUGAAGUAAUAAUCACCAUAUUAAUAAUUUUGCACUGCAGACGCGGUAGUUCUUCUGCCUUAGCGUCUCAGUCUGAUUGCAUUUCCAUUAAGAAAUGAUCAUAAAUGUUCUUCCUUGAGCUGCGUCACCCCACCGUGGUCAUGGAAUCGCCAGAGGUCUCCAUACAAACAAGCGGUGUGUUUGACACUAAGUUAAUUUUACGCCGGAAUAUCCCUUUUAAGUUCAUCACAGGAGCUUUGACAUGGUGGUUUAACAUCUAGGCAGGAUAAGUCUUUUUUUUUUUUUUUACAUUGAAGUGUCCAGAUAACUUCAUAUUUUUGUCUCGAUUUUCUUAUAACUUAUUCUAACAACUUAUUCAACCAUGCCUUUUAAAAAUAUCAGUGAUGUCUGUAGUUUCAUAUUUACACUCAGAUCAGAAGCGAGUUUACACAGGGCGAGAGUAAUGUCAACUUGAGGUCAGAGGUCUGUUCAAUUUAUGAUGUUUGGCUUAAAACGUGCCGCCACUUGACCUUUUACCCUCCCGUUUAAUUAAUAGUUCAGCACAAAUUAAAUCUCAUCCUCAGGAUCAGCUGAAUGUGAGCACAUCAUUUAAAGAGCCUUUAUACCUUUAUCCAAAUAUAAUUUUCUGAGAUAAUUGCACGCUGAAAUUUUGAUAGCAAUCCGUUUUUGCUGCUUAUUUAGCAGUUUAAAGCUAAUUAGAUCCGCCGUUACGUUUCGAGUAUUUAAUGAAAAAUUAAUUUAUUGCUCAAAGUGCAGAAAUGACGAGUUGUUUAUUCCUGCAGUACACAGAUUAGCUGAGAGCUGGCAGAGAUGAAACCUGCAGGUUCACAUAUUGGUUAAAUCAGGUCAUGUCACUUCCUCCUUUUGUUUUUUUCCCAGUCUUGUGGGAUCAUCCAAGCUCUUCUCCUCUUCUUUUUAUUUGACUGGCCUUUAGGACUUGGCAUUCAGCGAUCAAUAGCUCCAGGGCCAGAGUUUGAUGGGAUGAAUACUAAUGUAGUGGAACAGCAUCGGCAUAUGACGGGCUCUCUAUAAGUUUAUAUUCUCAUGUUAUCUCUUAAUCUGAUCCAGAGCGCCUCGCCUAAUGAUCACAGCAGUACAUUUGUUCUGUUUGGUCUUUGCAUUAGGUUCAUCGAUUACAGUUAAUCUGCAGCUCCUGAUUCAUAAUGCAGUGCCAUCGACGCAGAUACUGCAACCCAGAAUUCCCUGCUGAGUGUGAUGGUCCCUUUUGGCUGUUUAUUCUGCUGUUAACAACAAAUUUGGUCAUCUUAUGCAUCCGAGGACUCCAAUCAUUUAUCAGGUCUUUAAUGGUAUUCAAAGUUUUCUGCAAAGACAGGCGGAAAAAUGAAAUUGCUAUUAUAAUUUUAAUAUGCUUGUGCUGUUUUUCUAUUAGCAUCCAGGGUCUUAGCUUGUCCCCAGGGCCUUUCCCCUUGUUUGUCUUAAAUUUGCAGAAUUGUGUAUUUGUGCCAAAGGCGGGCACACACGUGACUGAAGUGUUAGGCGUCCUUAUUGUGAGGUUUAGUCUGAGUUUCAUGCCUUUUAUCAAAUGUAAAGGUGAAUGCUACCACUAGAUGGACUGCCGCACUAAGGGUUGUAUUCACCAAUUGUCAGGGCUGGUUUUAGUGUCCCUGGGAGAUAAGAAUGAAUUGAGUCCCUUUCCCUGUAAUUUCAGAGAAUACUAAUCAUGGUUUGUGUUUGGCACAGUGCUCUGACAGCGUUUAUCUGUUUAAAGAGAUGGGAACAGAAUGGGUUUUACUGUCAGGGCUGACUGAUGAGGCUGGAAUAAGAACACCUUACUUCUUAUCAGGAAAUCAGAAAAUUACACUCUUGGGACAGGAAGUGUGCAUCAGGAAAAAGGGAUCACACUUUUCUUUUUAACCGAAGAUAGAAACCCCACUUUUGCAAAUUUAUUGUAUCAACUUAAACCAUCCUUAUUAGGACCGGGACUAUCAGCCAAGUUGUAAAUACCAAGUUAUCACAACGCAAGGGGGACAGAAGGGUAGAGAGUUGAUGAGGAAACAUAAAGGAGUGCCGCUCUGGCUCUAAAAUACUUAAUGUUGGAAAGUCAGUGGGUCUCACUCUAGAUUAGUCUGGUGUCAACACAUUAUUAGCUGAAGUUGAGCUGUUUGACUGAAUAUGUAAAAGUUUUGACCUUGCCGUCUCGCCACAUUAAAUCAAGUGAUCACCAAAGUUAUCAGGAUUCAUCAGCCUGGCAACAGAUCGCUUCAAAAUUUAAUGGAGAACUAUUCUACGGGGUUCAUUAAAAAACUCACUCUUUUCCGGUGUAGGGGUGUAAAUCACAAGUUUCAUUACAGUCUUAGAUUGAUUCUGUGCCCAACAAUACAAUACUUCCUGAUUGAAUAAAGUCUGCCUCUUCAAGACUAUGGGAGAUGAAAUCAAAUACCAGUUCAAAGAAAGGUCGACAUAGUAUGAGAGUCUCAAAAUAAAAGCAUAUAGGAUAUACACAGUAAAGGCCCAGGUAAAUAUGGAAGGAUUCAAGUUGUGUUGACACAUUGUGCUGGUAGCAAAGUCAAAGUAUCCUCUGGGAUUGACUUUGGGAAAUAUUAACGAUCAAUGAUUGAUUCCUCUUAAAAAAAAAAAAAAAGACCAAAACAAAUCUUGUAUUUUCAGCAGCAUAAUAGGUGAAGUGACUGCACUGCAUAGCUACAAAAUAUAUAGUUAGUAUAUAAUAUAAUAUAUAUAGUUUAACAUGCUGGAUAUCAACAUGCAGAACAGGCUCAUAAAGGUAAUCUGAAUAAUUUCUGUAGACAUAGGACAUGUUUACAUGUGCAAAAUUUCUUGAUCGGAUUAAAAAUUUGAGGGAUCGGAUAAUCUGAAUCCACUGUUUAUAUGGGUGCAAAAUCAAAUACAUGCAAGGGCGCCAAGCUUUAUUCAGAUUAGAAGCAUCUGGACAGACAGAGUUGUCUAAUUUUGCUAAAACAACCGCAGAAGAAGAGUAGUAUCGACGCCUGUGCUGUCAACAAACCAACAAAUGCGGCAGUGGCUCACUCCAUCCAGUUCAGGAGUUGUCCUGUUAAUGUUGUCACUAGAUGGCGCCCUUGCGUACUUAUUUUACUGUUCUGUCAAAGGUUGCACUGUGUGUGCAGAUGUGACAUCAUUACGCCGCAUGUAUGCCUUGUUAUGUUACCGGAGGAGCAGACACGGCACCUGCGGUUGUGUUUUAAGCCAGAUUGUUAAUAAUGAAUCCUCCUGAACUGGCCUCAAUAAAUAAACCAAAGACUAAAGAGUGAAGCUCGAGUCAGGUAAGAGAGUCGCGAUCGGAAUAAGUGGACGGGUUUUGGAAUAACGAUCGGCAUAAACCACAAUUAUAAUGUACAGUUUAUUUCAAUUUAUUUCCAGUUGAGCCGAAUAGGAUCUUCGGGCAUUUAUUCCGAUCAUUUGUGCCCAUGUAAACGCAGCUAGUGAGUCAUACAGAUUAAGGCCAAAACAAACUAACGUAGAAUUUCUCGAUCAAGAAAACUGAACGGAAAUGUUUUCAGUCUCAGUGUCCAUUUUUUUUGCCAACCAGUAUAUUUUUAAAUUUUAGAUCUGGCUUUACCACUCUCCAAACUUUUGAAUGGCACUACCAGACUAAAAGCCUGUAAUUUAUACUCUGAGCAGCAAGACUGUCUGUGGAAAAUAUCAGGUAUGCAUCCAAAGGUUGUUUCUCUGCAGAAUACAGUCAGGAGGAAAGCAGACAGACAGACAGACAGACCAACAAUACAGUGAUUCUGUUGAGCCGUACUGCGAGCUCAGCUUUCAAUUAUACUCGAAGAAAAGCAAGAAUGAGAUUGAAUAGCUCACAAACAAAUCUCCCAUGGGCACAAACUUUCCUUUCUUUCCUUUUUUUUUUGGUUGUUGCCUUUUUUAAUUCUGACACCACAUGUUCCGCCGUAAAAAGCCCCCCUGUCGGUACUAAACUUUGUCAGGCAGCAGUCUGUAUAGCUCCACUCUCGCAGGCACAGUUCUCCCACUCCUACAGAGAUGCUUUAAGAUGGACUUGGGGAAUAGCUGCAGAGAAACAUAAAGCAAGCACAUAAAGGUGCUCUGACGGAGGUAAAUGUGAAACAGAGUUUACACUUUCACACCCCACUCAAACAAGUCCUUAUCAGAGUUUGUCUGAUAAGAUGGUAAUCUCUGAUUCUGUAUUUCAUGAAACGUCGGAUCUGUGUUAUUAGAAAAUAUUUGAUUUCAUUUUCCCCACCGGUUCACUUCUCAUUUAUCGAGCAGAGAUGUGAAGAUGAGGAGGCAGAUGCGGUGUAACAAAUGUUAUUGAGGCCGACUGGAUUCUGUGUUGUUGCAGGUACAAAGCCUGAUCCCUUUGAGAAAUCAAUUAGUAUUCCACCUUUAUAUCAUAAGACGGCAUUAAAAAAUGAUAAAAGAAGAAGAAGACAUGAUUGUCCUCCGGCUGGUUCGCUGUCUGUAUCAUUCAUAUUGUAGAAGGUCUGGAACUUGGAAACCCAACUAUCUUUUCAAGACAAUUUCUUUCAUUUUUUAAGAAAGUAAUUUAAUAGAUAACCAAUAUAUGUGACCUUGGCUUGCGUAUAAAAAACACAUUUAGAGGAUUCAUUGAUGUUGACUACAGCUUGGCUCGCCUCCUUAAUGAAGACUAAAGAGAGCCUAAUAGCCCACACAACAAACAGCGUCAGGCCUCAGCAGUGCAAUUAAACGCACAUUUUUAAUAGCAAACUGAUUAAUUUCUUUAAUCAAAGUCAGCUGUAUCCUUGAAGUGCAGUCAGUUUUAAUUAGCCGGGAACACAACACAGAAGCUGCUGCUACUGCUCUGAGAAAAUUCAGACACUUUUUAAUGAAAAGGUGAUAAAGAAAAAAAAAAAAAAAAGAAAAAGUAAUGAGUUUUUCACAUAGGGGUGUAAUUCCAGAUUAUCUUGUAGACCUGCGGUGUAUAAUGACAGGUGGGAUUUUUCUCCUGCUUUCCUCCCCAGUGCUCAGUUUUAUUGACAUGUUUACUUCUGUCAAAGAUACCGUGUUUCUCUUCAAAGUGGUUUGACAGGCAGCAGGAGGAGAGUUUGAAAAAUAUCCAGAUUUUUUUGACAGAUAGGCCAAGAAAAGGUUAGCCUUAAGAGUUUGGGUUUUUGUUGUCAAAAUGAGAGGGGAAUCAGGGACUUGAUGCCGCACACGCCAAGUCUGGUAUGGACCUGUUACAACUGUAUCGUUGUCAGUGUGUUAAAGCUGGUGUGAAAACAUCUUCUUGUAAGAAGAAAUUAUCCCUGGAAAGACUUAAAAAUGCCCAAUUUUAAUUCGACUCAGAGAACUCCAGUUUUGUAGUUUACAGCUCUCUCAGAAAUGUUUGCAGCACUUAAAAGAGUGUCACAGCUGAGCAGGCUGUACACGCCAGAACUCUUUGAAAUUUAGUAAAAUAUUGAUGAAUGAAAUCCUUAUUUGUAAAAGAAGCAGCCGCCAAAAUGCCUUUGCGCAGCCAUACUGGUGCAAAAUCAUAAUGCAUUCACCUUGAAAAGUCUAUUUUCAAACUGACUAUUUCAGCCGCCUACAUCUCCCUAACCCAGACUUGAAUCUAAUUUCUCUUUCUAUACUUAGUAUCUUCUCAAAUAUACCAUUACUUCCAGGCUUUAUACCAAAUUCAGAGCAGAUAACUCAAAGGCAAAGAAAAACAUUCAGCUUUAAACUCUUGAAAAGAUAAUGACAUUGCAGGCUGUAACAGCAAUUUGGAAAAUUCGAAGAGUCGUGUUGCGUUUGUGGUGUUUUCGCUCCCCUAAUGCUCAUCCUGUCGUUCUGUAUUUGUGAGUAAUUUAAAUGCUGGAUUUGUGGCAUGCUGUUUAUCUAAAAUGUUUAAAGAAAGCGCUGAAACUCGGGACGGCCUGAACAAAUUGCUCUUUCUGUGUUCCUCUCUUUAUCGGAAAGGCCGUUGCUGGUAAUUGCCGUAUAAAUGUAAUAUUCAGCCUAAAGAGAAGCUCAAAAUGAUGUCUGUUCCUCUCAAAUUACUGCGUCUUUGAUUUGAUUAUCUGCAGCUAAACAGUAAGCCAGCCCUGGUCGAAGCUUAUUGUGCAGCUUUGUUUGCCACCGCGCAGCACAGGCCGCUUUAUUCCUUGAAUCUCAUGUAAAUUUGUCUGUGUGGAAUGUACAGUCAGCCAUAGUAGUGCCCUAUGUAGGUCAAUUCCUCUUCAACGUUAAAUGCUUGGCCUUGUGAUGACUGAUUUCAUUUUGCCAGGGAACUGUGAUUAUAUUAUUCAUACUCCAGAAGAGAUUGAAGUUGCGGUGCAUUAAAGCAUGACGUUGUCAUUUCCCCGGUCUCAGAGCUGCGAUUCCCUUUGCCCCAAAUUAGAAUUAAACCCUACAUUUGAUGCUGGAUCUAAUUGUUUUUUUUUUCUCGCAGUCACAAAAACCAAGUGAAGCCUCGUCUCUCGGGACGUACAGUAUGUCAUUAUGUCAGUUGAUUUCUUCGCAGCACUUCUAGCCCCCUGAAAACUGAUGUUUUAGUUAUUUUUCCUGCUGCUUGUCAGUUAGGAAUUCAUGAGUCUCUCUCUCUGACUGUCGUCGUUUGAUAACAGAAGUGAGCUUUCCGUGCUGCACAUUUAAUACGCGUUGCUUUCUGCAUUUUCUAACUGGCACUAAAAUUGAUCUGAAGUGCAACACAAUUCUUCUACAAUGAAGUAGCUGAACAUAUUAAGUGGGUAGCGUGAAAUUGACCUCUGAAAGUAGCUGUGUGUGAGUUACAUUGCAAAGAUGCCUAUUGAGGGGAUUCAGACUAAAUGGAAUGUAUUUGCGACCUCCUCUGCACCAUGCAUACCACCUUAAUGCCUUUACAAACAUUGCCUCAUGGUGGUUGCACUUUAACGGUUGCAGGAUAAUCAGUAGUCCAGAUAGAAUCACUACUUUUCUUCGCAGCAGUUUCUCCCGGUUUGUUGCUCUGAAGCAGCAGGACGUCCCAUAUAUCUUUUUGGUAUUGUCUCCUCUGUUGAUCUAAUUGGAUACCCUCUGUUGCCCGCAAUGAAUCAUUGCUGGACCUUCUCUCCUUCGCCACAGUACUUGUUUUUAUUGAAUGCAGGGUUCCCCUGAAUCAAGGUCCAACCUUAAAACUUGUAUUUGUCCCUUGACUCCAGUCGUUGGAUUUUUUUUUUGCUGCUUUUUUCUCCCUACAGCUGUUUCAGUAUCACUUUUAUUUCAGCCGAGGAUUACAGGGUGGCUUUAAUGCGUUCCUCCUCCCCAGAGAAAGGCCACAAGUUCAGGCCAUUCUCCACACUCCACUAAUUGACUCCUUAAUUUUGCAAAAGCUUUUAAAGGUUGAUCGAAAAAGCCGAGCUCUCUCAGUGUUCAGAUGAGGAGAGGACACUUUCACCCCUCCUCCGUGUAUCAGCUUUGUUAUUAUCCCUCCUCUGUCCUUGACUCUUAACCUCUACUGAUGCGGAGGAAGCUCGGUUGCAGCUCAGGGAGUUCAGCUGUGACACAUCUAGAACAGAGGGGGGACGGCAGAGGUGUUUUGGCAUGCACUUCAUGAUUUUUUCACUGUGAACUUUAAAAACCUGCCAGUUCUCUGAAUCCUCAACAUGACGAGUAUCUGACUCGGCUGCUGCUGAUCCACACUGCAAACACCUCCCAGGAUAAGUGGCUCUAACCAAGCCGAUCGAAGGCAAAGAUUUUUUUAAUUACUCGCCCGUUGCAGAAUGGAACUGGGCGAGUUUUUACCUGAGGGUAUCGGUAUUGAUUCGAGUGUAUGAUGUUUUAAUGAGCCCGGCGUGUAAGUGAUUUGUUGCAGUUGUGCUUUUUCUUGAAACACACAUUAGUUUUUCUUCUCUGUUUUCAGUGGAUGGAUUCUCAGUUGACUUGGAGGCAGAUUUGAGGAUUUCCACACAGAGCAAGAUGUCAAAGAUCUCUAAGGCAGCCAAGGUGGUGAAGAAAUUGGAUACCGGGAGUAUUAUCCGGACCAUAGUGAGGUCAGGCCAGGCGGUCCCCGGCCCCCCUCUAGGCCCCAUCCUGGGACAGGUAAAAUUACCUCCUAUUUCAGCUCUUGCUCCAUCUGUUUGCUGGCAGUAAUCAGACAUAUUCACUUAAUUGCAGGAGCAGGUCGUCUUUUUUUAUCCGCUGACCUCCUGCUCACUGCUCUCAUUAACCACCAGACAAACUGAUACUUUCCUAUUUUCUCUGCGCCAAUCACAUCGUUGACUCUCUGUCCUCAUUCACCUCUGCAUGCACCCCUACCUCCACUCUCCGUCUCCUCUUAUAGCUCUAUUCAUGUUCCCAUUCUUAUUCUACUUGCACACAGCCCCGUUGUGCAGGUGUAUGCCACACUCUGCCUCCAUCUGCAACUAUUCUCUCACAGUCUCCGGGGCCAAAAAACACACAGACACCUCCAUCCACUCCAGCUGUCCUCAAACAUUAGCCUCACUCUUUACAAACCACUUGAUGAGAGAGGAUUGAACCGGUGAAGGCUUUGUCCUAAAUUCUUGUUUACUUCUAUUUGGCUUCAAUCGCUCCAGAGAGACAGCUCCGAUAGUUUUUUAUUGUUUUUAUUGUUGGGGAUUCACCUCUACUACUUUUUCACCACGGACGCCAAUACCAAGCAGAGAAGUGCCUGUAUCGGCUGCCACAAAAAUAAAAGAAGUCAGCAGUCCUCAAGCAUUGAGCAACGAACAAAAGGGGGUUUAGAGUGGAUAAAAAUAACUGCAGCUGAGUUAUUCUUCGCUGUAAAUAAAAUCAUCCCUCUGUAACUAAAUGGCUCAAAGCUAAUGCUUUGCUCAUUUACCUCGACCUUGUUUCUGAACACACAGGUGGAUUGUUUUAAGUCUUUCUUGUUAAAUUUACAUUUUAUUUGACACCAUAAAGGCACAAUCUGUUCCCGCUUUAAUGGUCAUUCAGCUAUUUAAGUUUGAUUGUCCUUUGCAAGAUUAAAUGAAAGCAGCCAUACGGCUCAUUUUGUACAUACAGAUGAGAUCCAGUUAGCCUCUCUAAUAGACGGUGGUCAUCAACCUUGGAUGUUGUUGUACGCCGGGAAACAAGAUCAAUUCUCCCAGUUAAUCCAUCUCUGUGACUUAAUGACGACAUCCAGAGAGGGGAAAGAAAAAAGAGGACAGAACUGGCAGAAAAGAGCAACACAUGAUUAAUGCUUUCACAAAAAAAGUAAAUGUUAGGACGUCAGAGAGGAGUUAAAUGAUGUGAAAAUAACAUUUCUCCUAUCUGACAUGAAGUGUAACAGGCCCAUACUUAAUGUUCUUCUCAAAAUGAUGUAGUCUGCUGUCACCAGCUGCACAGCAUAAACUACGACACAAAAUCAGUUCAUCACUGGAAACCUGCACUGCCUGCCAAACUGGGACUGAGAUUUAGUGCUUCUAAACACUGAGCGUGAGGUCUUUUUAAAUACAUUCCUCCUCUGUGUCUUGUUUUUACAUCCUCUGUGUUGCUUUAACAUUUACUGAACGUCAUAAUCCACUCAAACAAAAGACUUGCUGUAAAACUAUUUUGCUCUAUGGUUUACUCACUGAUUAUUUUCCGCUCUAUUCCAAUUCAUCUUCUGAUUAAGAGGAGUAAAUAAUGUUUUUCUCGAACAUUUGCCAAGAAAACAAGGAGACUGGACAAAAUGCAGCAUGCGCUUAAAAGAAUAACAAAUAAUCCAUCAUAGUAAAGGUAAAUCUGGCCUUUUAGUUUGUUGGAUAUAUUGUCUCAGCCGUAUCACAGAUGGCUCUUCUCAGUACUCUCAUGCCAUCUCGUUUGAAUCAUUGAGCUCUGACCUUUCCCACACUUGAGCUCUGUUCAGAUCUUCCUCUAAGUGCUGCAUCAUUUAUACCUGUGAUGGCUGUGUCGUGUCGGUUCAGAUGAUACCGCCUUUGCUAUUUCCUAGAUUUAAACGACUUCAUUUUCAGAAGCUGACACUCUCACUUAUGAAGAGUUUAAAUCCCCAAACUUCCCUGUCGUGUCUUGGGCGUCACGUCGCAUCACGUCUGGUAGAAUAGUUUUUAAUUUGCUCUCAAAACCAUAAACCAGAAACAAAGACUUGAAGAUACAUCACAUAGCGUAAUACAUGCCGAACUUAGCUGCACUUCACAAAUCUGCGGAUGAACUCUUGAGUCUUUAAACCCUUUUUCUCUUUUCUGAACUGCGAUUUGGCUGUUUUAUUUGACUCUUGACGCUCUUUGGCAUUGUUUUUGAACCCAGCAGGCUGCCUGUUUCAGCAAAAAAGCUCCAAAAAGCUCCUUUUAUACAAUCUGCACAUAGCUCAACUGUGGCAAGUCAAAGUCGUAGCAUUCAGUUGAUGAUUAAAGGAGCUUCUGGUUCUUUUGCACGGCUCAGAAAAACAGAUAUGUUUCUGAAGAGGUUUUAGAGACUGAAACCAGAGCUAGAGGAAGGCCAAACCUUGAACUUAAAUUUACAUACUGAGCAUCAGCAGCAGUCCAGAUGAGAUCAAAAUGUGGUUUAAAGCGACUCCUGGAAGUGAGUGAUGAACAGUAAACUAUACUGGAUACUACUGGAUAUUCCGGCGUAAAAUUAAUUUAUGGUCAAAAACACUGUAACACCAAGUUAGACAACCCCUCAAGAGAUGAAUGUUGCUGACCGCUUGCUUCUCUAGUUAUACCAACUUUAUUAACGACCGCACGAUAGCAAUACACAGCAGUCUGAGGAGCCAUAAACAAACCUCAACCAACAGGAUGACGCAGCUCAAGGAAGAACAUUUACGAUCAUUUCCUUAUCAUUUUCUUGAAGUAAUAAUCACCAUAUUAAUCAUUUAGUGUGCCAUAGCGUCUCGGCCUGAUUGCAUUUCCAAGAAGAAAUGAUCAUAGAUGUUCUUCCUUGAGCUGCAUCACCCCGCUGUAGUCCAUAAUGGACUGGCCUGAGGUCUUGCUACAAAUAAGCAGCUGCUGGAAGAGAGUAGGUGAGUUGUGUUUAGUCACAGGUUGAGUCCGUCUGUCGAUGGCGCAAUACACAGUGGUCUCAGGAGCCAUAAACAAGCCUCAACCAAAACGCCACUCUACAGCCACAAAUAAUGCUCAGAACAGCCCCUAACUUCAUCAACAGAACAUAUAGGGUCCCAGCCAUAGUACUAGCCACCAAACAUCUUUUUAGCUUUGCCUGAUUUCUUUAGCAAAGAGACUAAACACAACUCACUGACUCUCUUCCAGCAGCCGCUUGUUUGUAGCAAGACCUCAGGCCAGUCCAUUACAGACUGCAGCGGGGUGACGCAGCUCAAGGAAGAACAUUUAUGAUCAUUGCUUCAUGGACAUACAAUCAAACUGAGACGUUAAAGCAGAAGAACUACCACGUCUGCAGUGCAAAAUGAUUAAUAUGGUGAUUAUUACUUAAAGAAAAAUGAUAAAGUAAUGAUCAUAAAUGUUCUUCCUUGAGCUGCGUCACCCCGCUGUAGUCUGUAAUGGACUUGCCUGAGGUCUCGCUACAAACAAGUGGCUGCUGGAAGAGAGACGGUGAGUUGUGUUUAGUCUCUUUGCUAAAGAAAUCAGGCAAAGUUAAAAAGAUGUUUGGUGGCUAGUGCUGUGGCUGGAACCCUUUAUGUCCUGUUGAUGAAGUUAGGUGCUGUUCUGAGCAUUAUUUGUGGCUAUAGAGUGGCGUUUUGGUUGAGGUUUGUUUAUGGCUCCUCAAACCACUGUGUCUUGCCAUUGUGCGGUCGUUACUAAAGUUGGUAUAACUAGAGAAGCAAGUGGUCGGCAACAUUUAUCUCUCGAGGGGUUAUCUAACUUGGUGUUACGGUCUUUUUGACCCUAACUUAAUUUUACGCCGGAAUACCCCUUUAAGAGAUGACUAAUUACACACCCUAUAUUGAUUUUAGAGUUAAAUUAAUAUAAGAACAAACAUUAUCAGUGAACUCAGCUGAGGUUUUCCACAUAAAGAAAGCUACACAAAAAUGCACGUAUCAAUGGAGCCCUUGAUUCAAUUUUUUCAUCCUCGUCACAUACUAAUGACAAAUUUAACUAGUACCUUAUCCCACGCUGCCUUACCUUCAUGAAGUAUUGACGUCAUGCACUAUUGUCCAUCCUUUAGACUUUUCUGUCUUAGCCUCCCCCGUGUGUUUUAUCUCUCCUGCCUUUUCUUUUUGUUUCCAUCUCUUUUCUUUCUUGUAACAUAAACAACCCAAGGUCAGAUUCACCGGACUCCUUUCUGUGCAGUGUAGUUUGUCCACCAUAGUUUGCGGUUCCAAGCCACCAAGAAAGAGAAUGUUUUUCAAAGAAUUAACCAAUCAGAAUCAAGUAUUUUGCACAAAUACUGCUUGUUGCAUCGCCUGUUUGUUGCUGCCCAUGAAAAAGAAAAUCCAGGGACAUUUUUUCCUAUAAACACCGUAUGAAGACGCAGGUUUAGGACGUCUUGUUCUUGGGGACAUAUGGACAGUUUCCAAAACAAUGUGACUCAUAUUUGACAGCGACUUAGUUUUAGAGGGAAUAAUACAGUAAGUAAUGCAGCACUGAUUCCACAGUUGGGAAACGUCCAGACGUUUCUAUCCAGUAACAAAGAGGAGGAUCUGUGCUUUAAUCUCAUCCCAUUUCACCAUCUUUCAUUGCUGCUCAAAAAUACAGCAGCCUGGGUUUUAACCGCUGCCAAGUGAAGGGACCGUAAUAACCCAAUUUUACCGUCUCUGAAGUGUUUACCAGUUAGAUGUAUAAUUGAUUUAAAGAUUUUUGCUGAUCACAUUUAAGGCUCUGUUAAAUCUUCCACCCCCUGAGCUUCACUGGAGACUUCUGAGUCCCCUCUGAGUGAAUUACCUAACUCACUCUGUCACUCAAUCUGGACUCGAAAGGUCAUUCAGUUUUAUGUGUAGCACCUUUACAGCAUGCCCUGCCUUGGAAACUUGAAACUAUUCUGUAGUUUUUACAAACUUUUUUCCAUUUUUCUAAUGAGCAGAAAGUUCUUUCAGCUUGAAUUGUCUCCUACAAGAACUUGUUUUUAUAGCAGACUCCUAUUAUAUGACUGACAGAGGGAAUAUUUUAGUGGCAGGUUCUAAUAGGCAUACAUAAAUCCCAGAACAACAGCUAUCAUCAAUUUUUGAGAAACGCACUGUUUCUGACACAUCAUAUAAAAUCUACCACAGCACACGAGUGUUGAUAUUUCACAUCAGGUGGCAUGUGGAGUAUUUUUAGGUGUUUUUCCCCCUUAAAACGUUGUUUCCUUUGACAAAGAUGCUGUUGUUUAUCAUUUUGAAGAGUCUGAUAUGUGUGACAGCUCCAGAUAACACACAAACUAAUAAUCGUGCAGGCUUCACGCAGAAUGUGGUGUGCAGUGUUUUUUGUUUUUUUUCUCCUGUCUUUGUUUAUAUUCACACAGUUCACCUUUAAAAAAUGUAUUCCUCUCUGUGUCUUGUCCAAAUACUCAAUUUUAGCCAGAAGCAAGUUAAAUAAUGGAUGCAUGACCCCACUGAAUUUGUUUUACAUGGGAUUUGCGUUUUAAAGCUUAUCUCGAGCACAGCGCUUGUUUGUUUGUAUGAUUCUGUUGCUUGAGACAAAAUUUUUUCUUCUUUUUGUAAUGAGGAUUUUUUUUUAAUUUUCUCACACUUAACUCAGACGUCAUUGCAGCAUGUUAAAUUAUUUAAUAUUGAUGCGAGGAAGAUGUGAGGUAUAAAAACGGAAUAUUUCCCAUUGCACGUUAUACCACAGGACAGUUAGAAUUGAAAGCUGCCAAGUACAUUUACUUAUCACCAAACUAAUGCUGAGCGUUGAGUUAUUGGUACUUUUAUAAUUCUACUCAGCUAAAUUUCAGAGACAUUCAAAGUUUUUCCCCUUCACUGUAUAUAUUUGGAUUAUUUCAAAACUCUGAUCAUGUCAUAUCAUAUCAAAUGUGCAUAAAUUGGACGACACAUCACUGUUUCUUAAUCUGUGAUGUACAGAGCUGAAUUUAUAUUCAGUUUAAUUAUGCUCUUGUUAUAUAUUGAAGUUUAUUUCUGAGCUUUUUGUGUUUUCAGUAGAUGGAGUAGAUAUGCAGCCUCUUAAAAAAGGACACAAGAUAUAACCUCAUCUUUAAAGGGAUAUCCGGCGUGAAUUUCAAUUCCCCUCUGGGAAAAUUAAGGAUCUAUCUAUCUAAAAUUAAUUUAGGGUCAAACACACCGUAACACCGAGUUAGACACCCCCUCGAGAGAUAAAUGUUGCUGACCGCUUGCUUCUCUAGUUUCACCAACUUUAGUAACGACCGCAAGAUAGAAAUACACAGCGGUCUGAGGAACCAAAAACAAACCUCAACCAAAACGCCGCUCUAUAGCCACAAACACUGCUCAGAACAGCACCUAACUUCAUCAACAGUACAUACAGGGUCCUAUCCCUAACCCUAUAACCCUGAUCCUGAACCCCAGCUCGAGGAAGAACAUUUAUGAUCAUUACUUUAUCAUUUCCUUAAAGUAAUAAUCACCAUAUUUAUCAUUUUGCACUGCAGACAUGGUAGUUCUUCUGCCGUAGCGUCUCAGUCUGAUCGCAUUUCAAUGAAGAAAUGAUCAUAAAUGUUCUUCCUUGAGCUGCGUCACCCCACAGCAGUCUGUAAUGGACUAGCUUGAGGUCUCACUACAAACAAGCGGCUGCUGGAAGAAAGUAGGUGAGUUGUGUUUAGUCUCUUUGCUAAAGAAAGUAGGCAAAGAUAAAAAGAUGUUUGGUGGCUAGUACUGUGGCUGAGACCCUAUAUGUACUGUUGAUGAUGUUAGGUGCUGUUCUGAGCAUUAUUUGUGGCUAUAGAGUGGCGUUUUGGUUGAGGCGUGUUUAUGGCUCCAUAGACCGCUGUGUAUUGCUAUCUGCGGUCGUUCUAAAGUUGGUAUAACUAGAGAAGCAAGCAGUCGGCAACAUUCAUCUCUCGAGGGGGUGUCUAACUUGGUGUUACGGUGUUUUUGACCCUAACUUAAUUUUAUGCCGGAAUAUCCCUUUAAACAGGCUUUCUGAUCACUCUCAUUCCGAUGCAGGUUUUAACUCUCACAUUUACUUUGGUAGAAAGCUUAUCUAUAUGCUACAUUUUUUUGCAGAGUCAGACCACAUUUUGGAACUUAAAUUGUUCUUUAGUGUACGAGCGAGUCAGCAGGCAUCGGCUGUAUCCAGGAAAAUAGUCAGAGAGAAAAAAAAGUGAUAAAUGCAGUCUGUGCUGAUGCAAUCCUAGAAAACACUGGCUGUAAACCAUUUAGCUUUUAUUAAUCUCUAUAAACAAAUGCUUGCAUGUAAGCAGUUUACAAUCUGCUCUACGAUGCCAUGUCUCAACACCAACUCCAUUCUGCUUCUCAAUCUGCUCAUCAGACUGUAAACAAACGCAGUGCGAGUUCGAGGCGGUCUUGUCCCUAAGUCCUUUAUAGCCAACCCCUGCUAACGAGAGGCUAUGAAAAGGCUGCCAUUACUCUAACAGAGGCUAUGGAGUUGUUAGAUGAUAUCCAGUGUGUCGCAUGAUUAGUAGAAGACGAGCAUACGAAGGCGUUGUUUGUAAGAUUAAGAGCUCAUGAGAUGAAUGGAACAAACAGAGUUCCUCAGUUAUGGCUGUUUCUGUGGCAUCAUUUUUCUUAAAGUGUGCGUUUAGAGAGGGAGUAACGAACUAUGACUCAAAGCUGAGCUCGCAGCAAGCUCUGAGAUCCUGUGAAGGCGCUCUGCAGCUUUUUUCCAUCAGUAUAAUCAGCUGUCUUUAAUAAUCUGUGGUUAAAAAUGACAAAAAUCCAGCCCCUCUUUGUAGCUUAAUUGAAUUUGUGUAUCAGGUUUAUAGACCUAUGCUUGUCCCUUGUUCUGGCCUGAUGUUACCUCUGUAUCUGAGACCCGCAUUAGUACGUGGUUGAGACUCUUAUGAUAUAAAGUGAAAAAGCUGGAGACAGUCUUUUGCAUCAUUUCUUUCUCAUAGAUUAUACUUUGAAGUUCUCUCCAGAAGCGGUGGUCUAUGAUGAAUGAUUUAGACAUCUGUCGGUUAAAUGUGGCUCUGUCUUCCAGACGAGGUUGGUGUGAGCUCCGAGGCGUGCUGUAGCUGCGGCCGCGUCAGGAGUAAUGAGGUGAGAUGGGUUGCAACCAAAUGUUCAACCGAGCAAAGAAGAGCCAUAUGUUUGUCUAAAGGUGCCUCUGUUGGACUGUUGGGGAUGUCAUUGUUGUCGGGGCGGCAUGUCGCACGCGUUUGUCUCCCCGGACUCCUGUGCUCCAUCAGGCUCCCACCAUGUAGAGCAAACGGUAAAUAAAUGGCAGUCGGCAGCCGCCUCGCUUCAGGCAGUGGCCUCGGCCCUUUUAAUCUUAGCCAGCCUCUCCUUUCUCGGUUUUUCCCUCGUCUCUGACUAACCACCCUUGACAGGGGAAGUGCAGAGAGGUAGGCCGCCUGUCUGCUGCGGGGCAAAUUUAAACAAACGAGAGAAAUAAAAGAAAGAGAGGAAGACAAAAAAAAGGAGGGGGAAAGUGGCAGCUUUGGUUCAGGAGAAUAAUUACUGGGUGGAGUGAAAUUAGCACAGGCGAACGCAGGAGAAGAAUAGAGAGCAUCGGAGAACCGAGAAAGAAAACAGGAGAGCGGCUCAUGCUCUGUUAUGAGAGUUGUUGGAGCUGAGGGAAAAUGCUGAGCAUUGUUUCUAGAGCUUAACAGGUGUAACAAAUUCUUAGAGGCAGUCAUUUGCAGGGGCUGCUGCUUGUGCAGUCACUGCUUUUAGUAUAAUAGAAAUAUGAGAAGUUACCCAACAGGGAGUGCAUCCAGACUGCGUGUGUUUGAAAUGUUGAACGAGCAGGGAGAAGGAGAUGAAAGAAAGAGGGGAGAGAGCUGGAUGCCGUCUACUACACUGGUUAUCCCACUGUGGGUUUUCCUUAAAAGGCUCUCUGAACCACAGAGAAAUUCCCCGCUGAAACUUUAACUGAGUGUCUUUUUCUGUGGCUGGGUGUGUACAUUAGUCUUAAUACAUCCUGUAAAUACAGCCUCUAAAUCAAACAUAAAGCAGUGAGAAUGAGCUGUUACAUUUUGACAAAUAGCCUCAAUUUCAAUUAAUAGGACCAUUAAAGCUCAGAGGAGAGGCCGGCGGGUUCAUUCACAGCCGCUGUGAGCAGAGAGCCAGUUCACUCUUUUAGAAAAACACACAUACACACUUUUACUACAAACUCACGACAUGCACAGCCCAUCACAUCAGGACUCGUCUCUCUUUCAGCAUUUAAGGCAGACAACACGACAGCACACUCAAGAAUUACUGAGAGGAUUCAAGCUGAUGGGGCCGCAGGCGUAAUUGUGAUAAAUGACGGCCUUUUGUCAGGGCACUAUGCUGUGAAGCAAAGAGCGUGCUUUUUCUGUCUGCGAUAUGUUUGGAGGGAGGGGGCGCUUUCUUCCACUUCACCAGUUCCAGGGAGAAAAAGAAGCAUAAAAACAUGCAAUUUUCUGCAGAAUGGGAACUGAUUAACUUUAAUACAGUGAGAAUGUGAGGUUGUUAUUUGUCCCACAGGCCUUUUGGCUUUGAACAACUUGGACUGACUCCCCCUGUUAUCCUCUUAUAUACGUGUGACAGGCUGCCAAUAACAAUCCCACAUAACGGCCAAUGAACUGUCAACACAAGGCGAGUAUGAAACACUUUAUUAGUCUGCUCUCUGUCCUGAAGGUGUAGCUGACAACAGCUGGAGAAUAACUUCACAGUAUACACAUGGCGUAUGUCCAAGUUCCACAUGGUCACAUUAUGCUCAGAAGCUCGUUGCUCCAUGCGGAAACAAGGCACUUGUACUGUAGUGUAUGUCCUCUACACCUGCUGCUCACACCCAAAACCCCUUGAUGCCCAAAUACUACAAACACUCACAUUUAAACACAUCGGUGAACGGAAGUCUGCAUCAAUAAUGCAAACCAAAUAAGAAAGUUAACACUUUCAUCUAGAAGGAAAAAAGGGAUUUAAAGGUUGGACAGGCAGCACGACAAUUUUUUUCUUCUUUUUGAAAACAGACACUUCGAGACGAGACGACAGAAAAACAUGAAUUUUGAAUGUGCUCUGAAACUGUAAAGGGAUUACUUACAUUGGUAGUCUAUCUUUGUAAACAGUGUACUGCAAUAAAACCUGUACUGUAGUUUGCAGAAGAGGAUUAAGAUGAUGCAAAAUGCUUGUUGUCCAUCUUAAAGCCCAACCGCUGAGACGAAACAUGUCUUUGAUGUGAAUUUGGCUCUUUCAGAUGCGCACAUUUUGUCAUAUCAAAAUCUCUUUUGAGUGGUUUUACUCAACAAAAGUGAGAGAUUUAUGAAAGUACAGUAUUUGCAUUUAAAAAUGUUUCACUAAAUUUAUAUUUUACAUUUAAAUGAAAUAAAAGAUGUCAAUGCUUAAAACGCUUCAGCGAGGAUGACUGACCGUGUCGCCGGUGACUUCAGGUUUCACUGUUUAUUUUUGAGCGAUCCUACUAAUUAAUAUUUCCUGCCAGACAAGCAAUAAGUGACAUCAGCCAAUUUUCAUUUUGGUUCCAAUGAAAAUCUGGCACCACCUGUAGUGUAGGAAUCAUCCUCGAUCAAUCUGUUUUGGCAAAAUAAACAAAGAAGGAUGUGAGGAGGAAACAUAUUCUAAAUAUAAACCACACAUAUUUUGUUUAUUUUUAUCACACUCUUCUCUACGCUUUACCUUUUUAGUAUAUGAAAGGAGAUAGCCUUACCUCAGCAGGCCUCUGAAACCCUUUUUCCGCUGCCUCUUUCAUGUAAGAAAGAUCUAAGAACUGAACGUCACUGGGGGUCGUGAGGAGACUUUGAUUCAAAGGGCCACAAGCCAAAAAGCUUUGGAUCCACCAGGGUAUUACUCCCCAUUAAAACUGGAGCAAUGCGAAGAGUGAGAGCUUUCCUGGUACUGUAGAUGGCUCCUGAACCACGGCUGUGUGGUUCUAAAGGGAAAAAUAAAUCAGCACUCCUCUGCAUUAAUACUGCCCUCUGUCAAUUUCUCUGAGAGGAAACCUACACUGAGAACACGAACGCCAAAGGUCAGAGUCAGUAUUUUGGCAUCUGAUGGUAGCAGAGUGUUAGUCUUAUUUCUCCCACCACCAGCCACCUGAACUGAAUUCAAACUAAAUACGUUAACCACAGAUAACGGCACCUUGCCUGCAGACAGUUACUGCACAUGGCAACCAUGAAAAGAAAACAUCAACCUUGAGGCGUCUGUAUGCAACAAACUAAGCAAAUGUGCACCGAUUGAAGAGAGUAAACGCCACAAGACUUCAAAAUACAUUUCUGUAAUGUUCUUUGCAGUCUGACAGAUGUGUUCACAGUGUUCAGUUCGAAAAAUACACUCCCACAAUUCACAGUAAUGUAUUUUGAGUUCUUCUCAACACAACAAAAUGUGCAGAAAGCUCGCCAAAUUCAUUUCCACAGCUCUGCAUUAAACCAUCACUGCUCUGCUGAAAUUCGGCAGUUAUCUGUUCGGUCGUGAUACCAGCUCCGAGUUUUAAGGGUGUAGGCGCCCAUCUUUGUGCAUGCAUACUUAUUCAGAGUGACUCUCUAGAGUUCAUGAGAGAUGAAAGAGGGUCCUAAGGGUGUCUCUGUGGGCUCCAGGCUGACGUGGGAGAGAGUGUGGCUUUGUGUGCGAGACAGUGUGUGAUAAUGAGCAGGGGGAGUUUUCCCCUGAGCUUGGUCCUCUCCCUGCCCUGUGCUCUGGCUUGGCAGAGUUGAGUCUCCUGGUUCUGAUCCAGUCACAGUCCCGGACCCCGCAGCACUGCGGUCCUGUCUGUGUCGUUCCCAGGCUGAGCUCAGCUUCACGGCCAGAGCCAGCAGGUUUUUCCCUAAGAAAACAGUGGACACCCGAGGGUCCCUGUACCACAGCAUGCCUGUGCCCCUCAGGGCCAAGGUGAAGAUGUUGAUGGUGACCAGGCUGAGCCAUGGGUACAAAGCCUCCUUUCGGGGCCCCCUCUGUCCUGGCAGGCCGGUGGCCCCCAGCUCUGUGAGGGCCACACACGGCAGUAGCAGCAGGAGAGCGUAGCAGUAGAAAAAGACCAGACCCUCCGCCCAGAUGGGCAGCCUCUGCUCAACGACCGCUCCGGCCGCCACUACACCCCCUCCCUGUGCUUCCCACAGCCCCGCCUGCAGGUCCAGCACAUCCAGCAGGUCAACCACCACCCACAGGAGCCUGCUCCGCACUUCCUGUUUCCUACGUUGGGGUGUCAUGUGAUCGGCCCCUGUGAGGAUGAGGAACAGGGAAGGCAGGCAGAUGGACAGCAGCAGUGUGAGCGUCUUCCUGGCGAGUGGGUCAGGUGGACGGCGCUCCUGCCUGUAGUUGUGACAGACGAAGAAGAGUUUGAGCUGCAGCAGCGACAGGAACAGGAACCAUAGGGCGUUGGCAAAACCACGACGAGGAGACCGUGCCUCAGACACCACGCCGGCUGACACAAAGCGCAGGGCGAGCAGGAAGCCCACGUCUCCUAGCAACACCGCCGCGCACUGCCACACACCGGGUCCUGGAAGUCCACGAGCUCCCAGCAUGCUCUGCUCCAACAGGUAGAGGUCCACCACUGCCAUCGUGCUCACCGUGACCAGGGUUGAUACGCACACCUGGGGCGUGGGCACCAUGCCUGAAAGAGAAACGCACACAGGCACAGUAUGAAAUAAAUAUGUUCUGUCGACAGAAUUCAGAUCACGUUUGAAGUUGCCAUCUGUCGACAGUGAAACUGACGCAUCAGCAAGAGGAAAACGGGCUUGUUUUUUUUUUUCAGCAUUAAUACAAACAAAAUGUAAAAUAGUUUCUUCUUGUUGCCAUGGUUAAAGACAUUGGCUGCCCAGUAAGCGCUGAGCGCCUUCAUCUUUAGCCAGAGAAACAUCUACCCUGGCUGCUCAAGCUGAGAAGCCUGUUAAAUGGUUUCUUUUUCUCUGCUGCUCUUUGAAUCUAAUAAUCUUCAUUUCCCGUUUAGGCAGUUACAUUAUUUCUUAUUGAUACUGAAGUUUUCCCCAAGUUCUCUGCUUCUACUUUUCUCAGUUGGAAGUUGUUGUUUCUGCUCUUUUUGUACUCGUCCUAUUCAUUAUUAAUUAAUUGAACCGAGGCACAGCUAGGUGCCCUGUCAAAGCUUUUCUUUGCCUCUAUAGUUUGCCAUCUUUAUUCUCACACUGUGCUGCAGUCUUUAAUCAUCGCUCAUUCCCCUCUCAUUUCAGAUGAAUAUUGAUAACAUGCUAUUUGUUUAGAGAUGUGUUUGACUUGCGUCUUUGUGUGUACACAGUGUAUGUCUGGGUGAGCGCUUGCAGGCAAUGCUAAUUUGGCUGAAUAUGUGGGUGUAUCUUUUUUUUUUCCUUGUUGCAGCUCAUAUUUCAGGCGUUGACAGAAUAAAGCUCAGUAUUGACACAGCGUGAGAAAUGAUCAUUGGCCUUACAGAGUAAUCGAAACCAACGUCUCUCUAUCAUAUUUAGCCGUAAAGUGCAGCACAGACCAGCGAACUGUCUGUUAUCUGCUCGGCACCACUCGGGGGAGGUGUUGCCCCCUCGGCUGGAUCGAUGACAUUAUAAUAUAAAAUCAUUACUGGCUCAGAUGUGUCGUAAUGGCAACAGUUGAGCGUGAUCGAGCGGGAGAUUGUCAGCAUGAUUGCGGCCUCUGAGAAAAGUCGGCCGGUGGAAAGUGUGUAUUGAUAUCCUGCCGAUGGAAGACGCAUCACUUCCCUCACUGUAAGACUAACAGGAGCUGUGCCAUCGCUGUGUGAAUCAUUGAAAAGGACUGAGGAACUCCAUGGGGUAAAACGGCGAUUGAGACCAGCCAAUGUGUCUGUGAGGAGAAGCAGAAUGAGCAUACGACUGCAAGUGAAAGAUUAAUUGGCCUCUUGGCUGUCUACAUGCCUAAUAAAGUGUUACUGCAUGAUGGUAAUAGUUCAUAAAUAAGCUCAGGGGGAGAAGGGGUGAAAGUGAUGAAGAGGAAAAGACUCAAAUGCAGAUACAAAGUGACUUCCACCCACUUAUGUGAAGACGAGCUUCUCAUGAGCCAGCCUAGCCUGGAUGAAUCUGAAUGUAUUCAUCAGCAGGGGUAUUGAAAUAUCUCAGACAUUAGAGUUUGUUCUGAAACCAAUGAAUCAAAGAGAUGAGGAAGGAACGCUUCUGACUGAUUAAUCCGCUCUGAGGCAUGGUGGGAGGACAGGCGUGGAUCAUGUCAGCGUUUGCAAUAUUUGAUUGUCUUCUGGAGCCUUUUGUGUCACCACACUCGGCAAUUUGAUUGUGGCCCUCCCAGAAUUGAAUGAGUUUCGCCAGGCUACAGAUUGAGAGGAUAUUGGAAUUUAAAUUAGGCAUUCUUUCUCUUCUUUUCUUUGGGAGCAAAUCCAGUCUGCAGAGAAGGAAGGGUAGAAGACGGAGAAGUUUACCGCUGUUACAGCCGGCUCUCCGGUGAGGUCGGGGCCUCUUGAGUUAUUCCACCUGCACCUUAAAUUCUCAGCGUGGAAAUCUCCCUGCCAGCCUGUGUUUUGUGUUUUGACUCCCUGUCAGCGCUGUGUAAUUUAUUCUGUCCUGAGUGAGGGGCCAGGAUGACAACCCGUGUGUCCACUCUGCUCAUCAAUAAUGACCAAAUUCAUCACAUCCUGGUGUGGCGAAUGACACCACUGUUGACAAGGUGAGGCAACCCAUUUCGCUGUAGGCAUGAGUAAUGGCAUGUAAUAGCGUGCAGGUGAAAGAUUUGUCCGUUUUCCUAUUACGCUGAGAACCCCUUUUCUCACUUUUUUAUCCUGAAGCUCAUCCUGUGUGACAGAAGUGCACACAAAUCUCCUUCCAUCUGCACCGGUGUCAAAGUAAUCAUCCAAAAAACCUUCAACACAAACAACGGGGGUUUGAUUCACCACUUUUGCCUCUGUUUUCUUUUAAUACUCAAUGAUUUCCAGACGGACCAAAAAUCCAUGCAAAGCAGGAUUAAUUUAAUCUGCAUCUACAGUUUAUCUCUGUAAACACCCCUCAUGGUGCUCAAAAAAAAAAAAAACCCACAAGAUAUUGCAGGUGCCAGUGGAGCUCCAAGGGCAUCAGGACAGCAUCUCUGCCAUUAUGUGCGCUCUAAUUAAUUAAUAGAGAAGCAGACAGUGUGCAAUCCCUUGUAAUACUCAGCUGAAUAAAUCCCCCUCCUCUCUCUCCAGACUUAAAGCCACAUGACCGAAACAUCUGUUGAUUUGUCAGGUAAGCAGCCCGCGCGUGUUGCCAGCGGGGCUGUCUUUUGUUGCAUAUUCUACAUCAAGUUGUGUUAUUCCUUGAAAAAUAUGCUUAUCGUUAACUGCACAGGCGUCCUCUGGCAAUUUAACAAUCUCUAUUAAACUGCUCUCCCUGCAACACCUGUUUCAUAACUGCCCUAUUAACGGCAGGUAUUGUGGGAUUAUUCGUGCAUGGCUGCUGGCAAAAGUGUAGCUUUAGUUACCCAAACCAUUCGUCUUGCAGACUCGAUCCUCCUGGCGUGAUUUACAGCAACUAAUGUGCUUUUUUCUCCCUCCUCCUUCAAGUAGAGAAGCGCUGUCGGAGGCCAAUAAAGUCUCUUUUAUUGUCGUUGAUGAGCCAAGCUCGGCGAUAAAGUCUUCCUCUCACAGUCUGGGGGUGUUUAUACACAUGCAGGCGAGCUCCAGCGGAAGACGGAAAGUGAUCGGCACCGCCACACCGAUCAAACCCGAGUUUGUAGGGGACAUAAAAAAGCAGCUCGUAUCAACAAGAUCCCCCCUGUCUUCAUGCAGAUCUGGCGUGGCCGGUGUUUCGGUCCGUGCUUGUUGCAGUGGCUGGAUCUGAAUCUGGAUCUGUCACCUCCUGCAGUGUCGGUUUGUCUUCUCUCGGAGCAGCGGGAGCACAGAUCCGUGCAGGAGGAGGGGGGGAGCUGCUGCUGCUGCUGCUGCUGGCUGCCCGCUCCGAUGCUCACUCUCUCAGGCUCCGGCUGUGCGGAGCAGCCGUGGCAAGUCGCUCAGAAGUGGAGCAGCAGCAUCGGCGACGACUACCGCAGACACAUCCAACCGAGAAGAUGGCUCAUCACAAGAGAGAAAGAGAGAGAGGGAGAGAGAAAGAGAGGGAGAGAGAGGAGCAGAAACUCACUCACGCUGUCCGAGUUGGGUCGUGGCUGUGUUCAUUUGUAAGCAUGCUACGUGCUCCACACCAGACCUCCCACCCGCCUUACUUUCUCCUCCUCUUCUCCUCCAUCAGCUCGUGGAAGUUUUUUCCUCGGGAGAUGCUAUGAAUACUUGAAAGCGCCCAGUUACAGUGUACUCAUUGGUUACCAUGAUGAUGCCACUUGCAGAAGAUUAUUUGCAUUGUUUGCAGAGCAGACAGACACCUUAUUUACCCCGAAUGGCUUGAGAUAAUAAGAGCGAGGGAAGUGGAGUGAAAGAUGCUUGUGUAGCCUGUAGACACAUUUAGGGCUCUGGAGGCAGAUGUUACAAGUUUAAUUAGUCCUCCUUCUGUCUUCUUACUGUCUUAGUCACACAAGGAAAUCAUCCCGCUGUUGUAGAUUAACUCAUUACAGGAGGCUUAAUGCACAUAAACAGAGGGAUUGGGGAUUUCUGAGCAUAUCUCAAAGAGAAAGAAACUGUUUUAGAAAGACGGCCGGCUGGUUUUGAGAAUUUAAUUUAGUUUUCUUUGUGAGCUGCAGAAGUGUUUUUUUCACCUUGUCCUCAAGGUCCUGCUCUUUCAAGUGUAUCUGAAGACAUUCUCGUGUGCACCUUUAGCAAAAGGCUCAAGUCCUCCACUCCUUGGUUACUGUGGCUCUGAGUGUGCCGGCUCGGUUUUAGAGCGAGAGCUUUAAUCAGACUGGUGAGAAAAGGGAUGGAGAGUCAUCUUUCUUGUCAGAUUCAGCUCUGCGCUCUGCUGGCUUCCAAGAGAAGAGAUUUUUCCUCAAUUCAGCAUGAGUUUUUUUCUUUUCUUCUUUGUUCUCUUGCACCUCCUCUGCUUCCAUCUCCUGCCUCUCAGUCACCCCUCUCCUCUUGUUUACCCCAUUUCGCUACUAUCCUCCUGUUUUUUGUCUUUUCUUUUUUUUUUUUGUUCCCUGUGGGUGUGGUUGAAGGUCAUUCUGCACACUGGCUCACUUUCAGAGAAGAGGGGAAGAGAGAAAGAGCAAGCGAGGCUGAAGAAAUGGACAGGGCAAACAGUGAGGAUAGCAGAGGAGGGCGAGGGGGCAGCCAGGCGGACAGGCUGUCCACACUACUGUGCAGUCAUCACUUUUUUCUUCAGACAUGAUUGGGGGAAGUUUGAAAGGACACGCAGGAUUUAAGAGACUGACCAAGAAUGCUAAAGACCGAAGCAGUGCGUAAUCCCCCCUUUCUGACCAAAGACUGACCUCAAAAAACAUGACGCCCUUACCUGCAUCUUUUUGGCUCAAAACCCUCAUCAAAGUCAGAAGCAUGAAUUAAAAGUGUUCAACUGAUUAAGCACUGACCUCCCAUUACAUCCUGGUACAUACUUGUGAUGGAUGGUUUUGGAUAAAGAUCAAUUUAAGUGGAGAAGAGAUUUUUUACUUAUUUUAUUCUAACAUUUGUCUUCCUUCUCAUAACUUGGUGCAAGUGGUACCCACAGUACAACUCCACCAUUCACUAAGGUCGAUCUGCAGUAUGAUGCAGUAGCAGACAUUGCAGACUGAGAGAAUUCAACAAUAAUUUCCUAAAAAUCGGCUCUUCUCCUAAAACUCGUUUUAAUUUCUAAUGAAUUGAUUAGCACAAGUAAAGCUGGGAACUGAACCAUUUUCCAUAACAUCCUCUGAUUGCUUAUUAUUUUCAGAGUGCAAAAAAAGUAGCGAAUUGUUAACAAAGCUAGAGUUACUUAGCUAGAGGCAAAGUUUUUUGCUUUUCUAUUCAGUGGGGUCGUAUGAGUCACUUGUCAAUAGUAAGUGUGUUACCCACAGGGGAUUCCAGUCAGUGCGGCUCCUUUGUUGAGAAACCGUCCAGAGAGGCAGAACAGGAGCCAGCCUAUCAACCGCAGCAGACAAAGUAAACACCACCACCACAUACAUAAGCAGCUCAUUUUCAGGGAGUCCAAUCCAAACACUUAAAUCGCUGUAAGUGUAUGCACUUCUCUGAAAUUGUUCAGUGCUUUACUUAGUUGUCAAAAAGCCCAUUUGUCUUUGCUCUGGAUAUGACACAUACAUGCUCCUCUGUUUGUUACACUACAGAGGGGCUGAGUCCCUGUGGGUUGUACAUUUAUUAUCAUCUGGGGUGGCUGUGGCUCAGUGGUAGUUCAUUGACUCCCAAUCGGAAGGCCAGGGGUUCGAUUCCAGUGCUGUCCUCAUCUUGAAGUGACCCCAUCUGCCCCCACUGGCUGUGCCAAGUGGUAUACUCAUGGAAUUAGUCAAAAACUGAUAGGCUUUGUACAUAACAGCUCCCCCCAUCAGUGUGUGAAUAUGUUGUGAAUGGUUGAAUGUGACAGGUAAUGUAAAAGUGCUUUAAGUGGUCAGAAGACAAGGGAGAGCUAUAUAAAAAUAAUUCAUUCACCAUUUGACACAUUCCUCACACAACCUUAUUAAAAAUAACAGACUAUCCCUUUAAGAUGAGAAAACUAACGCUGCGUUCCAGUUGUACUCGGAAGUCAGAAUUUCCGAGCUCCGGGUCGGAAAUUCAUCUUGAACGCCCCCCUGAAGUUGGAUAUCAGACUCGGAAAGUCAGACGAUCCUCGCCAAACCUAACUUGACGACAACGUCAUUAUCCAAGAUGGCAGCGCAGUGCAUCAACAGUUAAGAGUAACAGUAAAAGCUCUUGUAAUGUAUUAUUGAUUAGCACUUCUGUUUUGUUUUUGUGAAAUUAAUUGUUAUAUGUUUUACUGCCCAACGUGUAACUGUGAACACGGUGCUAUGGUGUUUGUAAGAGUAAAAUACUUAGUUAUGUGUUGUUUACAACUGGUAAAGCUAACAACAACUAACAACAGCUGACAACUGCUAACAACAACUGACAACCGCUAACGACAGCUGACAGUUGUUGACGGCAGCUAACAAUGGGCAACUGUUGGCGUCCAUCUUGGUUUUCCGACUUGUUCACUGGAACGCCGUCAACUUGGGUGUAACAUCAUUCCCAGUUUCGACAUCCGACUUCCGAGCUAACUGGAAUGCAGCAUAAGAACAGUCGCUGAUAGGGGGUCAUUAUUUCCCUCAGGGCAACGACUGUUCUUUAAUGUCUAUUAAGUCUCAGUUUCACUGCAAAUAGUAGGUUACACAAAGGCUUACUUUAGUGGUAUGAACACAAAAACAGACCUUUUUGCGAUUUAUUUGUGAUUAGAAAUCGUAUAUUUUCCUAAAUAGCAUCAUCAUGAUGCAGAUUUCUUGAAAAAGAAAAAUGCUAGGUUUGUCGGGUCUAUUGUUUGAUCAUCUCUUCUUGUGGGGAUUAAAAAAACCUUUUGAAAGCUUGUUAGUUGAAUGGUGGCUACAUGGACCUUUCCUGAGGUGUUCAAGAUAGCUGAAAAAUCUAAAAGCUGAUUGGCUCCCUGUAUCAUGGGAUUUUUGGCCUAAGUUGAAUUCUAUGAUCAAAACAGGUUGUUAGCUGCACUUUUAUGUAGAAUAUAGAACAAUAGAGAUAGAAGUUGUUGUCAGACUUAUGCUGAAGAGGAGCUGAUGUAAUAACAGUGGACUGCUUUCCACCUGCUUUUGCUCUCCUUACAGACCAAAGUCUGUAUGUAUUUGAUGGGUCAAUACUCCUUGGACUACCAAUGACUUGUCAGGAGAAAAACACUACCUUGAAAAUGCUCGGUACAGAUUUUAGAAGGCGUAAACAGAAAGGGAGUUGUGAGAUUAUAGAAAAAGUAGGUUGAAUGUUUGAGUUGCAUCUAUUAGUCAUUGUUCUUUCUACAUCAAUCCUAAACUCUCUCGUAUUUCCUGGGACUGUCACGGGAAAUCUGUGAUAUCCAAGAAUCCUUCUUCAAGACACUACCACUAGUUGCGAGUGUAACAAUUUGAGCAUAUGCAGUCCUGCCAAAUGAUUGUUUCUUCUUGGACUUGUUUUCUCGCACGCAGCAGCCCUCCAAAGCACCUGUAAAAAGACUUUGAUAUGUAAAAAUGUUUGAGUUCCCUCUUAAAAUAACACCGUCAGUGUGCCAAAUUCGCUGUUAUCUCCCUGACUUCUCCACAAACACAACAGAUGCUUUGUUCAAACAUUCCUAUCAGCUGUUGUUGCAGUCUGACUUUAUUCCAGUCCGACCUCUCCUCUCACUCUUCUUUCUUUGUGUCUCUCUCUCUCCUCGGUGUGAGAGCGUGUCUGUCUUGUGAUUUUUCGGUUGUCUUCAGCGUGGAGCCUCAGCUGCCUGCAGUUCAGGCUCCUGUGUUUCUGCUGCAGCCUCCACACGUGAUUAAUCAUGUGAAGUGGCAAAAAGCACAACACUGUCAGGACUGUGAGGGAGACCUAAUGGAGUUGAAAAUGGGAUGUUUUGUCGUGAUGCAAUCCAUUUUGUUCCACCUUCUCUGGCUUGCUUGCAUGCCUGCUUGCUUGCCUUUCACCAUGCCCUCAAACAGUAAAUUCUUCUUCUUGUGCCAGGUACAAAAAGUGAAGCCUGCUGUGUCUGCUGCGUCUAUUUUUAAGAAGAGAUCCAGACAGAAAAAAAAACACUCUGCUGAGAAGUUUGGGUUUGUUUUGUUUGUUAUAAAGACGGGUUUGCGAAAUCAGUUCGCUCUGUCAGUUCUGCGCUCAUGGCCGUUUGAACAGCGCUUCUCUGCUCUUUAAUGCGGGCUGUGUGUCAGCCUCAGCACAGUUCACUGGAGACCAGGGGGUGAAAAUCGUUUUCAUUUUCCACUUUUAAGACUAAUCUUCUGAUUCCAGGGUGGAAAAUCAAGUAAAAUGCAUGUCCAGCAUGAACUCAAUUUAUUUGGAGCUGUUUGCUGUGUGGCUGUGUGUGUUCGAGCCAAACUGACCUGCUGUUCAGCGUCUCAGUUUCUCUCCCCUGCAGCCGAGGGUUCGACAUGAAACCUAAUCAGCUGUAUGACGCGACAAAGGGGCUGAAUGUGAUAAAAUGCCAACAGCGGAGCAGAUUAAAUGAACAAGGUAAUGAAGGUAAUGAAUGAGAGUGUUUCACACUGAAGAGUUUAAUUAACCUCGCUUCUCAGCAGCCUCUCUGCACUGAAACACCUUUGUCACUGAAUCCCUGCCCUCUUCCUCCGGUGAGGACUGCCCUGGGCAAUUUAUAGAGCGGCCUUAUGUGCCAGGGGCAAUUAAUCCCACCUCCUGCCCCAAGGCCUUAUCCUGGGUAUCUGUCCUUUAUCUCCAUGUUGCCACGCUUCUUCAAGCACACCUUUUCUCCUGACCUACUCAUCUUCCUCCUCCUUCUCCUCCUCUUCUUUCUCCAUCUCCUCUUCACCCCCCUCUCCCUCACUCAGACACCUGCGACCACACACUGAGAGCACAUCCUCACCGUCAGCAGUCCCUGGCAGCUAAAUAUGCGCACACACACAUCCACGUCUGAACAGAUACUCUUGUCAGAUUGAAAUGAGGUCCAAGUAUUCAUACAUAAACAUACACACACACACAGAUACUCACUAAUAUUCAUGAGGACCUCCUACUGUUUUUACUUUAGCUCUUUCUUUGCCUGCUCAAACAACCUCCCCUCUCAUUGUUCAAAUAUUGACCGCCACAUUCUGACAACUUUAAUACACCUCAGCUGUCUUUCUUUUUCCCCAUUCCCAUCUCUCCUUUUUUUUUUUUUCUCCUCCAUCCACGCUCACACACCAUCCUGCCACAGCCCUGCUACAUCUUGUUAAAAAGAGUUAGUGAAGCUGAAAGGCCAAUCACAUUAACACGGAGGGAGUGUCAAAAAAGACCGCAGAGAAUAUGGUGGAAGGGUCAAAUCAAACGGACACUUCUCAGAUUUUAAUUGCAAAUGCCUAAUUGCUCUCAUAAUUAUGAGUAAUAAGACUCAGCCGGGCUGAUCUUGAAUGGAUUGUGCAGCAAUUACUCACCGCUGUCGCCGCUUGAGAAAUAUCUCCGUAGAUUAGCGUUUAAUCCCGGUGCCCAGGAUCUCAGAAGUCUUUGAAGAUGCGCGGCUGAAUGUCCUCGUCCACAGCCGACGUGGAAGGCCCCGCCUUGGGUGACGGGCUGCAGCCAUUUUGUACUGGAGAGCUCUAAUCAGUCAUGGUGGAAGAGAGAGGAUUUAUCCAGCAGCUCGGACUCGAGGAUGAUUAGAUGCUCAGAUGAGAAGGGUUAGCGAAUUUGGCCAGGGCAUCAAUGUUACUGUUCCAGUUAUCUCAUUUCCCUCCUUUCUCUGAUAAACGCCUUGUGAAGUUGGAGGAGCCAACCUUGAAAGUUGCUUUCAUGAGCUGCCAGCUACCACCCUUCCACAUUAAAAGUCUGUGAUUGCAAUUACCAACAUGUUUCAAUCGUAAUUACAGCAGUUAAAAUAUUAAAUAGCCUGAGGCCAAAAUAAAACUUCCACACGCUGUCAUCUUCAGAAGCUGAGCUGCCUGGACUCUUGUGAAAUAGCUCAAUUAAAAUAUGAUCACCUCUCUCUGGUGCAUACUUAAUUGCGUGUGGUGCUAAUAGCAAACUGUCUGCUAUCCCCAAGUGGGUCAUGUCCCCUGUACCCCAGCCAGCCUUUCUCUAAUCUCAAAGUCUUUUACCCCUUUUUAUGUUUGUACCAAUCAGCAGCCUCCAAAGUUGAGAAGUGGAACCAGGGCGGAUGUGUAAAAUACUGCCGUUCCUCGAGCGGCCACUUGAGGCUAGCUUCAAAAGAAAGCCGAUCUCUAUCAGGCUCACACCAAUGUAACAGUGCGAACACAACCCUGUACUGAAGGGUUUUCUGUCUAUGUGUCUUGUUGCUCUACUUUUAUGCCUUUUGAUUUUGGAGAAGACAGGACAGUGGACAAGCAGGAAGCCGGGAGAGAGAGAGUUGAGAAUGAUGCGCAGCAAAGGGGCCAAAGCUGGAAUCAAAUCGGCUGUCUACUUCAGGGUCAUAUCCUCCAUACAUGGCGUGUGACUUUUAAUAUAACUUGGUUAUAUAACUCGACUGAGGAGACACACUGUACCAAUUCAAUCACUGAACUCACUGUCAGCACUGCGCUUGUUUUAUUACUGUGCAGAGGUUUAUUUCAAUGCAGGUGUUACAGUGACUAAAAAAGUGUGUAAUAUAAUUUCUAUUUUAGUGCCUCUCAGCAGGUAAUGUCGUCUGCUGCAGACUUUAUAAAACGAAGGACAACAUGAUAGAUCCCCCAAAGUAACAACAAAACAUAUAAGGAGUAGACAGUUGAAGUCCACCAUGUUAAUAGAUGGGGUCAAACUUUAAAAUCAAAAUACACAUUGAAUAAAUCUCAGACAAUUAUUCUGUCAUCAAACUUUGUUCUCAUUUGUGUUCAGACAUGUCAUCUAGGUUUAGUUAUAAUGAGCUAUUAUGAGUUAUUCACAAUUUGAAUCCAAGGAUAGGGUAUGAUGCUUUUUUAACUGCUCUUUUCAGAGGUUCAGUUUCUGAGUAUUUACACAUUACUGAAGUUGAAGGAGCUGAGGACACAUUGUCUGUCUUUUCAUAUAGACAGUUAGUGCUCACUAGGGGCAGGAGAAAAAAAUGAUACCGCACAGUAUUGUAAUAUUUUGUCUGGUGAUGUAUCGUAUCGUCUCAUUUACCAAGUAUCGAUUUUUCAGAUUAAUUGCUAAUAUGAAGUCAAAUCUAUGAUAAUGGAAAAAUAAAAUCAACUGUUUGUCCAGUGAGAUUGGCAGAAGUGACAUCAUAGAGCAGGAGAAAGUUAGUACAACAAAUAUAUAUAUAUAUAUAUAUAUAUAUAUAUAUAUAUAUAUAUAUAAGGUUUGCGAGAUGUGCUACAUGAAAACAAAAUACUGCAUAAAUAAGACAAACAUAAAUGAAGCCAAAUGCUUGAUUAGCUAAAAAGUUGAAAAAUUUAAUAAAUCGCAAUAUAUUGUAUCCCAAUACUCACUGUAUUGCAAAAUGUUAAAAAUCGCAGUAAUAUCAUAUCAUGGCCCAAGUGUCGCAAUAAUAUCAUGUCGUGGGGCCACUUGUGAUGCCCACGCCUAGUGCUCACCAUACACAUCGGCUCUUGUGUGGGAGUUUAUCAGCAGAUAUGACAGUGGGCUUGUGGUGAGUUUUUUCUUUUUUUUUUUCAGUUUUUUUUUUUUUUCAAUCACCUGAUUUUUUUUCCACCUAAUGCCACGAUUUAUAGUUUCAUUAGUCUGAUUAAUAUACCUGUAGUUUCCUGGUCAGCAGCCUCCAAUAGAAAAAUCCUGUUCUGGUAACUGUCUUAUUCGCCAGCUUAUAAAUCAGCAGCAGGUUUAAGCUGAUAAGCUUUGAUUACUUGCAUUUGACAACCACUCCCCUCACUGCACCGUCUCCCUCAAACCCAAAUAUUUUCACCCCUGACUUUAGACGACUAAAACGAUGGUGACCAAAUGUUGAACUCGAGGCUUCAAAAAGUUGUAUAAAGAACCAGUAAGGCGACAUCACAGGGGCGACUUCAAUUAUUAAUACAGUCCAUGGUUUGUACAAGCACUUUUAAGCAGUGGACAGUCAGCGAGACUAUGUGAAGGCUUUUUCUCCAUCUAUCUUUAGAAACAGUCGCUCCUCUGUCUGCAUAAUGUCUCUCUGUCCCUGCUUAAGCACAUUUGAGCAGCAUCAGGCAUUAUCUCUGGCUGGUCAGGGAGGCCCUUUCAUGGCUUUGUGUGGCAUAUAAAGGGCCAUCUGACUCGGUGGGAGCGAUCAUUACCCGACAUGGGCCUAACAGAGAGAAAGAAAUGGGAGCAUAAUGUGUGAGGCAGAGCCCGAGGGUUUGCUUUGACUCAUACCCAACAUCACAGCCUUUUAUACUAAUCCAUAUUUAAUUAGACUUUCCUUCAGUGCUCCCUCCUCUCUUAUUUACCCUUGCUAUGUUGUUUUAUGGGAGGCGGAGGGAGGGGUGGGCGCAGAGAGAAAGAAGCGAGGUUGACAUGGGAUUACUAUUAAUAAGCACAGGAGAGGAGGGAAGGUAGAGCCUGGCGAGGGCUCCGGGGACGCUGCCGCCUUUCAUUUCAUUAAUAGGAUAUUGUAAUUCAAACAGCACUCAUCAGCUUGGCUACAGUAACCUGCUUUGAGUCCUGUGAUGUGUUGAAAUUUCAAUCAGUUUUGUUGGUGUUGAGUAAGGGGUGUUAUGCAUAGACACAGCGGUGAGUGAUGGUUUGUGUUAUAAACACUAAUGAAGUGAUGGAGUCGUGUAGAUCCUGCGUCUGAUUGGUAUUCAUCAGGUACUUCUGAAGCCUUUAGAGGAGAUGAUGUUCACAGAACUUUCUGCACCGUUAAGUUCAAAUAAAUGUCUUCCGUGUGCUGUCAUCGCAGGAUGUCUCAGGAUGACUGACUCUUCAUCAGAUCCAUUAUUAGAAUCUCAGGGCCGUGCUCCGCUCUGUCAUGGAGCAAUAGACGCUCGCGAGUCCAUUUAAGUGUGAAAAAAAAACUUUUUUUUUUUUUCUUCCCCUCAUUUCUGAAAAUGAACAUUUCAAUCAGUGUGUUGCCUUUGGGAAGGAUGGCGGGUGAAGGUCAGUAUAAAUUUCAGCAGUAAUAAUUAGAUUCUUUAUUAGUCUUCACCAGUGAAUUCAGCUCUGGAGAGAAAUGGUGCAAAAGGAGCAGCGUUGGCCGGGUGUUGACUUAAUGUCACCCAUCCAUUUUGAUUUCGCUCUGGUCGGCCUUGCAGGAGCUGGAAAAUGGGAGGCUCAUUCAUCACUGGCUUUCUCUGGCUCUGGGCACCGACAUGCAUUCAGUCAUAGCUGGAGUGACAGACACACUCACACACGCACACACGCGCGCACAAACACACAAAAUCAGCGUGAAGCGACAUGGGACUGCACACACACACAUGCACACCAAGAAGAUGAAUCUCAGUGUGAAAAUCUUAAGAAUAACCAGAAAGAAGUGUAAAAAUGUUGAACCCCCAUGAGCGCACACACUCAUCACAUACAUUUUCCCACACACACUCACACACAGCCACUCUCUCAUCCAUUCAUGUGUGUAAAUAAAAUCAACCUGUCUGGGGUCUUUGAUUGAUUGACUGACAGGAGCUCCAGCAUCUAUUUUCUGGCAGCGCAAUGUGACAUAAGUGAAGCUCAGCUGGAGGUUUGGGACUACUCAUACAUUUUAAAAUGACCCGGCAUCAUUUUUCCACGUUUGUUUCUUUCCUCCUCUUUCAGAAAGGAAUCCCCAUCGGACAGUUCUGCAAGGACUUCAACGAGAAAACCAAAGAGUUGAAAGAGGGCAUCCCUCUCCCCGUCAGGAUCCAUGUAAAGGUACGUCGUUGUAGGUCUUUUCUAACCAGUCCCUGACCCCUUUUACACUUAGAGGCCUCCUCCUUCCUUCAAUUGUGGUUAAUUCCUUCAGCUGCAUAACAUAACCAGGGCACUUCCAUUAUUCAUACUCUACCACUGAAGUAAGCUUUUCCAUUUGCAUGUAUUAAUGAAGCAAUACCCAGAGGAGCUUGGAGUCAAGAGGCAUUAAGUGCAUGCUCAAAAUGUGAAUUACUCAGAAAAGAAGUGUUAUAAGUAUGUAGUAUUUAUUAUAUACACCCGCAUAUUAUUUAACCUCCCCACCUCCACCACUACCUCCCCUUUGUGUUGUUUCACAUCAGGAGUCAAGUCCUCUCUGCUGAAUAAAAGUGUAAUGAGGUUUAUGAUGUAAGGCGGGGGAAGCCCAAUCCGUUAAAAGGCGUGAAUUAAUUUUGAUCUGCAGAAACAGCAGCAGCAGCAGCAGCAGCAGCAGCUCUGCCAGCACAUCUGGAGGCCUCGCUGCUGCCCAUCAUUGCCAUCUGCUGGCGGUUUUCAGUGCCAGCUCUGUCCACACUGCCCCUGACUUUUCCUGUAUUGUUACGCUAAAUUUGUCUGCAACGCUUCUGCCUCCGAAAUGAGUGUUCCUCUGCUCGGCUUUCACCUUUAACCUCGAGCUUGUCAGGAGCUUUUAGAGCAUCUCUGAAACCUUUCAUCCCACUCUUCAAGGAGGCGUUGACAUUUUGGAAAAUCCUCUUGUUCACCUCUUUGCACGGAGUUGGACGAGGAGAUCAAUCUCAUAUCGGUGCGCUAAGGGAACAGCCGGAGUCUGGAAGCAAUUAGUUGAACAUGAAGACUUAAAACAGGGAAACAGCUUGCCUAAAAAUGCUCAAAGUAAAAAAAAAACAACAACAACAACAGCCUAUGAGCACCUCAGUGGUUAACUUAACGUAUCCCCUUCAUUUAAUCCACACACAAACAGACAUGUAAUUUUAUCAGGAACUUACGGCCAUCUUUGCAGCUAUGUGAGGCGGUACACUCUGUCAGGCUUGUAAUGUUAUCUGCUAUUUUAAAACUCUUAACUAAAGCUGAUGGGGACGCCGUGCUUCUUGCAGGUUUUUCAUCUUUAACUCAAGCAUCCAAAGCUCACCAAAGGUCCAGAAUGAGCUUUUGAUAAAGUGAGUUGCUUGCUUAUUUCUGUCCCCUUUUGAGACAGUUUGCUGCACGAUCAGCUGAAGGUCUAAUGCGGACUAGACACAGAGGGAUUUCUUUCUUUGCUUGACCCCAGAUGGAACAAUCAGCUUUUAUACAUCAGUGAACUCCUGCCUCAGCCUUAGAGUUCAUAUAGAGAGCCCAGUCUUCAAGGGGGAGCUUGGAGUGUGGCCUCUGCUCCACUGCACAAAGAGGAAACCGAGUGUUGUAAGCCUCUUGGGUGUAGAGGGUUUCUCAGGGCUGUUGCAUUUAUACACAAAACAUGUCACCAUGUCUGAACUGUCUCUGGAGAGGAGUCGAAGAGUUGCUGGGAUGGGGGUUGUAAGGUGAUUUUGUUAGCCUCCUGACACUAACACAAAAAAAACAGAUGGAUGGAGAUGCAGUGUCAAAAAUGCACCGGUCUUCAAAGUUUUCACUUUUCAGUCUUCAGGAACGAAACUUUUGUGCUGAAAUCAGUGGGAAAUUAUUCAACAGGUAUUGAUGGUAGACUAGGGAUGGACCACGUAAUUGGCCAGGCCAGAUAAAGGCAUUUUAACAUAAUCAGCAUCGGCCUGUAUCAGGGCUUCUGAGGUUGAUUAACGUAUGAAAAAAUCAUGUCCAAUGACAUUCAAGGCAGUCUCAUCAAAGUAGCUACUGUUGAGCAGCAUCAACAUCUCUUUAAAUGAUGGCACCUUUUAAUGACGACUGAUCAGUUUGAACUCUUACUGUAUUUAGUUUAUGAUUUGUAUUCUGUUAAGAUUCAUAGAAUAAUGGAGUUUACUUUGCCUCUUGCUUAAUGAACUCAAUAUGUCAUGUUCUGACAGCUAUAGUAUAGCCUAAUAUAUUUUUCCUCUUUUUUAAUAACUAAUUUAAAAUCCAUCUGAAGUAUGUUUACAGCUAAGAUAACCAUGGAUAUUAGAUUGAGUAUGGAUUAAUGGCUGUUAUUGUUAUUUAGCUCUUUUAUUUUAUAAAUGCAAAAAAGUGACAAUAUAAUAUCGAUAAUAGGCUGAACUGCCAAGUUAAUAUCGGCAUCAGCAGUUUAAAAAAAGCAUAUCGGUCGACCACCAUUGUAGACGAUACAAAAUAUAGUGUACACUCUUUGACGUCAUGCAUUGAUUUGCAUUGAUAUUAUGAAGCCCAACAAUUGAGGUUUAGCACUUCUUCUUUGGCUGUACUUUUCAACGCCUAAGGUUGCUACUUGGUAUUUGAAUUCAAUCAAUCUAUUCAUUUAUAUCAUACAAAUCCCUGAAGCUAGACAUAAAAAAGUAGCAGAAUAAGCCUUUAAAAUCCACCUUAUGUGAUCAUAUGCAACCCUCACAAACUGUUGUCAUACAUCAAUCCUGGAUAAAAUGGCUGUUUCUGAAUAUCACUAAUGGUUAAGCUAGAAUCAACCAUAGACCACAGUGUAGGCCAACAAGAUACCAUUAGUUAACCUGUAAAGUUUGGAGGCAUGCUUUAACUUUUGGUCAAGUAGUCGCACUAAUAGUUUAUAGUAUAUCAAACUUAUAUUGGCUGUCAUGCCCCACCAAAAACUCACAGGAGUGAUAUUUAACGCUUUAAUGCUCCAGUUUGUCUCAUGUUGGCAAACCCUGUGGACAGAGUGGAAAGUCGUGUUAUCUGGAGAAAAAAACUCUCACCCUGAUGUUGUAACAGUCAAAGACAUCACCUACUGUCAGUUUGAAUGGAAAAUGUCAACAACAAAAAAACAGUUUCUGCACUGUUUCAAUUCCAACAUCUGACACCUACCUUAGAGCAAGUAGAACAAGUUAAAUCAUAUCUAGUUUGAAAAAAAGAAAAAUGAAGUUCAACAUUUUAAAUAUGAAAAACGAUUCUGAACCCUAAAGUAAAUAGUCAUGAUCAGCCUCGUCUUGACUCUGCAAACUGUUUCAUUCUGCAUCCAGUCUUAAUGCCAAGCUAAGCAGAUGGCGCAGCAGCGAACUUAAACUGUGAAGUCUCAGCGUAAACUGAAUAUUAUUUACUGCUCCAUUCCAGCCCUCACACCACCACCCCUCCUUUCACUGUCUUUUUGUUUUUCACUUUUUCAUUUUGCCUGUCAGAAAAAGCCUGUCCCAUUAGAUGUUUGUUUUCUUUCUUAAAAGAAGGAGGCGGGCUCAUUGGACCUUUUCAUCCGACAGCUUUUCUAUAGAUAAAGAAAAAUUUUGUUUCCUCUGCAGAAAGGUCAGUUGUGUUAGAUAACACGACUCUGAUGACAAAUCACCUGCCCUGUGAUAUCUCCCCAGCCCAGCCUUCACUUUAUUGUCCUCUUUGUUUCAUUGUUGUUUAGUUUCUUGUGACAGGUAACAGACGAUCCAAAGUAAACUUUUUCUGAUGAUUUAUUGAUUGGAUCUCUUUGUUAGAUUUUCAUUUAAAAAAAAGACUUGUAGUGAAUGCAUCUUCGUUAAAAGAAGGGGGUCAGAAUAACUCUGAGGCUAAGGAGAUUAUUUUUACUCUGCUCCUGAGGGGACGAUGGAAAGGGCGAGCCAAUGAGGCUGAAGAGCAGAUGGUGCAGCAGCCGCAGCAGCAGCACAGGGUUUAACAUUUAGGGAGGAGGCUAACUAACAUGAAGACCUCAUGGAAAGGGAUGCUGAAGUCACAAUGGGUGUUCACAUCAGUUUUGAAGCCUGUUUAUUGCCUUAAUCAGCCUUGAGUUUCACUGAUUCUGGACACCGUCCAUGCUCUCAUCAGAAUCGUUUCUGGCUGCAGCAGUACAAAAAAAAAAAACAGUACAGAUGUCCAGCGCUGUACAGACGGCAGACAGGAAAGAAGGAAGCGAAUAAAGACAUCAGAGGACACUUAAUGUGCGUAAUUUAAAAAACAUUAUUAGAGUGUAUGGAGAGAAUUGGUUAUUGAGGAGCUUAUAAAUAAAAGAUAUGGAUAAAACAAUGUCUUAUGGUGGAAAAAUUAAACAACAGAUAAAAUUAUGGUUAUAAUCACUUACAAGGAUUGUUAUAAAGCCUGAUAGAUUAAUUUUUACGGCUUUAUAAAUGUGGCUAUGAGGUCAGUGUAAGUAGUAGGUUCAUAUACAGUGUUGUCAAAUUAUGAAAGAGGAUUAAUAAUACUGAUUUAAUAUAUUGAUUGAUAAAUACACAAACUGAAUUAAAAAGUUAAAGGAUCCGUCUUUACAUAAGGAUAAAAAAGCAUUUUGAGGAGUUGCAAGUUUUGCAAGCAAGUGAAAUAUCGCAAUCGAGAGAAUUUACUUUUUAAAAAAAAAAUGUGCCCAGAAAAAGCAAAAAACAGUUUCCAGCCUUCUCCAGCUUUUUACAGGCAGAACCCAGAGCCCAGGAUUUUUACAUUUGGUAAAAAAAUAAGUCAAAAAAGGAUCCAAAAUCAGGCCUUUUGCCGCUUCUCUAAUGGCUGUGUACUUUUCGUUUGACGUGCUCACCUGAUUAACUGUCCAAAGGGCUUUUGCAAAGGGCUUUGGAUCUUGUUCCACCACCCCAUACUGGCCAAAAACUGUUAAAGGUAAGGAGUUGACUUAGUUGAUUAAACAUCAUCACCAGAGUAACCAGUUGGCAAACAAUUUAUUAAUAAUUUUAUUAUCGUAGGCUCAAAAUGAUGUGUCUAAGACGUAUCAAGCCUCCACUAGCCAUGGAUGUGGCUCAAUCGAAUCAUUACUACCAUAAUGCUGUAAUGCUCUACUACCUGGAUGUAACUAGGUAGAUAACAUCUUUUAGCAUGGCAGGGUUUGGCAGUGUUUUAAACUGGAAUAUGGAGGUUAAGAGGAUGUAGGCUGUGUCCGCUAAAACAAAACAGUAAUACGUAAACCGCACAAGUAUCAAAGACUGGAGGUGCUAAUUUUUGCUAACGUUAGCCACACUUUGUAAACCAAUAUGAUGUUUACAUUCAGACUUUAUGAUCCCGUUUUUAUUCACUUUGGAAAACCUCUAGUUGCAGCUGUAAAGCAGAACAGGUUCAGUUGCACCAAAAAGGUACCUGAAUUUCCUCUCUCUCUCUCUAACAAGUUUCAGCCAGUUGUUCGGUGUCAUAAAUGUCCUUUUUGGUCUUUUUACUCCUGCAACAAAAGAAGUGUGCGGUCAGUGAAAAGGUUACCCAGUUUAUAUCAAGCCACCAGAAUGUGCUGAAGCCAGAUGGAAAUAGCUGCUGUUCUGAAUAACAACAACUUUGCACACUAUCCCAAAAACAAGUCUCGCGGUCUGCUAAGACUGUGAAAGAUGCCUUUGAGAAACAGCAGAUGAUCUUCUCAGAUACGAAAUGGAAAUAAAUGGUCCUUAUGGUCCUUAUUUAAACCAUUAUGCCUAAAGGUGUAACGUUCAUUUGUAGCUUAAUCCAGUAUGACUUCUCUGAGCGCAACGCGUCAGAAAUAGUAGGGAGGCGGCGUUAAAGGAGGCACAAGGGCAUUUGCUCCAUAAGCUGCAUGAUGCAACGGCUAUAAAAAAACCUAUAAAAAUGAAAAAGGAAGGAGUUAAAGGAGUCUCACCUCUGAAAUGUACCGGUGCUUUUUUGGACAUUUAUGGUCUUACCCACUUGAACCAAAUGGCAUAUCCCAGAACAAGGUUUCAAGGUGGAUUACAGUCUGGAAAGAGAGGGUCAUCCUGUAAGUCAAUGAACCUUCAAAGCUAUUAUUUUGGGGUAAACUGGUGAAGUAAUGUUGCUCUAAAUUACAGUCUGUUAUUAAUUGGAACAGCAAGAGAUGGACCCUGUAUGAUAAAUUACUGCAGUGUUUAAAGGUGGGACAGUAAGUGACAUUUAAUACUCUUGAACAACAAACAGGAGUUUUUAAUGUGCAGUGAACACCGUAAGCUAUUAGCCCCGAGAUAUGAAAUUAAUGGAGAAGGAGCUAAAUCAAUCCGAGAGGGAUGAAAGGAAAGUUUCUCCUGAUUAACUGGAAACAUAAAUACUGCAGACGAGAGGGAAUGAUUUCCCCCCAAAAAACUGCACACUGUUUCACUUAGGACCCCGAGGAGAGCUGGUGAGCAGUCAAUACUCAUUUUCUUUUGCUUUAAUCAUGCAGCCCCAAUUAAAAAGGCCUCGUUUUUUUUUUUCACCUUUUUCUGUUUAAUAAAGCAACGUGCUUCAUUAUUUUAGAGGAGGAAACAUUCCCUGUUUUCAUAUUGAUUACAUCUAAAUUCCAGUUUAAAAUACAGUCAGCAGAAAUGUUUUAAAACAGCUGAACUCAUACUUCAGGUGACGAGUACUCCGAAAAAAACACAGAUUUUUGGUGUUCAUCAAUCUAAGCUACAGUAUUUUUUGCUAUGUUCACACUGCUGGUCAAUUCCGAUUUUUUAACCAUAUGUGACACAUAUCUGAUUUUUUCAUGCAAGUGUGAACAGUGCAAUUCUGAUUUUUUCAAAUCCGACCCAGGCCUCUUUUGUAUGUGGAUAUAAAUCGGAUAUGUAUCCGAUGUGACUGCAGUGUGGACGCUCAGGUCCCGUUCAUCCGACCUAUACGUCAUUAAUAUGCGACAAACAUCACCAUUGUUCGACAACAAAAACAGGCGCGGAAAGUAAUUUGUGCUUUAUGUGCAUGCGAGUCACUUCACGGACACAUUCUGUUCACAUCAGAUGCCGCAUUCGUUUUUGUAAUGUGAGCGACCGCACAAAAAAGAUCGGAUUUAACAAAAAAUCUGAAUUGCGCAUCAUAACCUGCAGUGUGAACGUAGCCUUUGUCAGAGCCACAGCUACCAUUAAAAUUUACAUAAGGGAUGCACAGACCUGAAUUUCAAUCCAGAAUCCAAAACUCUGGAUUAUAGUUUUAUGAAUAUACCACGUGACUUUUGUGUUUAAUUAUCAAUUAAACAGAAAAGGAGAGUGUUUAAUUGAUAAUCUGUGUGCCUCAGUCUGUGGAGAAGACUGUGAUUCUUUUUGACUCAAGGCUCCUAUAAGGAAUACUUCACUGAUUAUGAAUGAGACUGAAAUAAAUUCUGAUGCCUCUGUGUGCUACAAAAGCAAACCACACAAUCAGCAAGAAGAUUAAUUAAUUUCUAUAUAGUUAUUUUUAGUGUUUGCUUUGUGUCAGAGGUUUCCAGUUGAAGCGCCCCGGCUGACAAUGCUUUUAUCUACUUUCUCCACAGAAAUGAUUCACAUUAAGGGACAUGUUUGACUUUUAAAAGGAAGCAGGAGAAGAUUUUUAAUCAAAAAACACAGCUCGUAUUCGGGAGAAAGAAACAGAGAGAUAAUACGUGAUGCCUUGAGCACAGAGGUCACAAAAUUGUCUGUAUGGCACACAUGAAAGACCUCCAAUGAGCAGACGCUUAAUUCCUCCUUCACUUGAAAUCAUAUCUCUGUUCACGUACUGCACAUCAACAAAAACACAGUUUAUAAAAUCCUCUACUGUCAGGAAUUCAGCCGUUUGUCUCUGUAUUGGAUGGAUGUCUGAUAAUUGUAUCUGAAAGUUGUAUCACAUAACAUGGUGGAUUUUGUUUGGUAAUUCUGCUUCUUUUAACAUUUUUUUUUUCAGGGAUUGGUCAGAUUUCAACUCCUCACAUACAGAUUACUCUUUUUCAGCCUCACGUUGGAAAAUUACUGAUUAUUUUUGUCAUUUUCUGGAGGAAAAUCUUCGUUGUAAAAACAACUCCUGGAUCCUGGUACCGAUGCUGUCUCAUAAAUCAAAUUGAUUUUAAAGCUCCUGUGAGUUUUUUCUGGUUAGUAAACUGAUUAAAAUUUUAAGUGAUGUCUUGUUAUGAGCCACAAAAGCAAACAAGCCCAUCAGAGACAAGUUUGACUUUUCCUUUAAUGAGAUUUUUAAUGUCUGAAAUCACUGAAAAGGAGAUGGUGUUAGACCACGUGAUUGACAGCACACUGGAGAAACAAACAAGGUUGACAGUGAGAGGUAUGUUUCACUGUUGAAGACAGCAACACAACUUAAAUAUGUACAGGACGGGAUCAGCAAAAGAAGGAGGACUGCUUUGUCCACAGGGGGCGCCAAAAAUUUCACAAACAGACAUAGAAAAGUAAAUAAACAGCGUAGACAUUAGACAGCUCAUGUUUUCCAUGUCGUGUUUGAAAGUUGAGGAAGUAGAUGUUUAAAUUUUACAUUUUCCUUAUAUGAUUAAACAUUAGAUCAGAAUAAAUAGCUCAACACCUUUCGCAUACUCAAAUAGCGGCCGUGAAGUACAACGCUUGUGUAAAAGAAAUAAAUCAGACGGACAGACACAUUAAAGUUUUUUUAUAACUCAUACAGCCAGAAAGUUUGAGCUUUAUUGGCUGAAACUUUCUCUCAACCAAGGACAGUUUUGGUGGUAAAUACACUAUCAAUACCACUGCCAAGUUUGUAAGUGCUGUGAAAAAAGACAGAAAGCUUUGCAUCUGACGUUUGGUGCAAAAAUUAACAUACAAACUUGUCUGGUGGUUUUCAGGUGGUGGUGGUCUUGGUCUGAGGGAAAUGGAGUGUCAGUAUUUUCUCAAAUCUAGGCCACAGCCCAUUUUAUUACUCCAUAAAAAGCUCAUAUUCAUCGGUCCGCCUUUAUUUCUCCUCUCUCCUCAGCCUGACAGAACCUAUGACCUGAAGAUCGGCAAGCCAACGGUGUCGUACUUUCUCAAGCAGGCAGCAGGCAUCGCAAAAGGGGCCAGUAAGACGGGUGAGACAUGCUCCUGCUCUGAUGUUUCUGCUCCACUUUCCCCCCCUCCCGAGUCCCUCCUGUAACGGACACACGUCUCUCCCUUGGCUCAGUUUUGAGCGGCGCUUUGAUUGAUGUUAUAUUCAUGGCAUGUGGGGGAAACUGCUGCAUAGGAAGGAAGUGGCAAAGGUGGUGUGUUUAAAAAAAGAGAAUUAUAGAUGUCUACCUUUUUAUACUUCCUGCCCUGAGCCAUCUCCUGCCUCGUUUCUGCUCCUAAAAACCACCUCUACAUGGUCUUCAACACACACAUCGACUGUACGCACCUACAUGAGCACACACUUUGUCAUCUUUGUUGUACUGAACUUCUAUUAAUCAUUCAUUCAGGUUUUUUUUAACACUGAAAUCUCUAUAUUAUGUUUUUUUAUAUGUCUGUCUAUGUGUGUGUGUGUGUAGGCCAUGAGACGGCAGGAAAGGUGUCGGUGAGGACGGUGUACGAGAUCGCUCAGGUGAAAUCUCAGGACGAGUGCUUCGUGCUGAGAGACACUACGCUACAGAACGUGGUGAAAAGCAUUGUGGGUUCGGCACGUUCUCUGGGAAUCGAAGUUGUCAACGAGUAAGUCUUUAUUCUGUGUCCUUGUGCUUUUAUGAAUCUGUUUACUGAAGAUACCAGAACAGUAACCCUGGAGAGAUUUUUAAAAAAUACAAGGACACAAACUUUACCAUAGAGUUUCAAAAAGACAAAGUAUCCUGUCAUUAUUUUCUGUCAUGCUUUCUAACAGCCACCAGAGGUCAGAUUACACAACAGUACAGUGGCCACUGUAAUAAAAGCACCUGUCGUCACACCAGCAGAUACCCACUUUUGUCACAUAAACUGCUCUGCUCAGGAUGAUCACAUCUCAUUUUGUCAGUGAAUAGUUGUUAUCUGAGUGUAGGUCUAUUAUCGGUGUCUUUAUAAAGCACUUGAGAAUAACCGACCACACUUAGACUACUUACUAAACCACCCUGGCGCCUUUAUGAGGAACCAAAAAGAGCUGUGAGGAACUUCUCGUUCUGUAAUAAUUGUCUUCUGUUCACAGCUCUGUGUGAUAUCCCCCACAUUUUAGUACAAUCUCCUGUAAUAAAGAGCUCCGUGGAGCAUAUGUAAGCUAAAUAAAGAAAAGGAGAAAGGCUAGUCUUUAAGUGCAGAGGCAGUCUCAUGAUGUAAUGGUGUAGGCUAACACAGUCUCCAAAUCUUAAGCGAGUUUUAAGGGUAUAAAGGUGCUUUAAGAUGCAAUUAGCCGUGUGUUUUACUGUUUGCUCUGUCUGUUCCAGGCUCUAGUUUAUUGUACUGUUGUAAUUCUGUGCGCUGUACUCUGUUUAAGAGACCACUUGUUGUUUCGCUGCCCGACUCCUCUCAUAAUAAACAACAUGAUUAAUAACAGGAACACCUGAUAGUAACAAAGAGUCCAGCACAACAGCAACACCAGGACAACACUCCCUCUAAAACCAGUCAAUCUUUAUGUGUAUAGCACCAAUUAACAACAAGUGUUAUCCCAAGACGCUUAAAGGGAUAUUCCGGUGUAAAAUUAACUGACCAGCCGACUGCUGGCUUCUCUAGUUAUACCAACUUUAGUAACGACCGAAUGAUAGCAUUAUACAGCUGUCUCAGGAGCCAUAAAUAAACCUUGACCAAAACGCCACUCUAUAGCCACAAAUAAUGCUCAGAACAAAACCUAACUUCAUCAACAGUACAUAUAGGGCCACAGCCAUAGCACUAGCCACCAAACAUCUUUUUAGCUUUGCCUGAUUUCUUUAGCAAAGAGACUAAACACAACUUACCUACUCUCUUCCAGCAGCCGCUUGUUCGUACAGAGACCCCAGGCGAGUCCAUCUAAUGCAGCGGGGUGACGCAGCUCAAGGAAGAACAUUUAUGAUAAUUUCUUCAUGGAAACGCAAUCAGACCGAGAUGCUGAGGCAGAAGAACUACUGCGUCUGCAGUACAAAAUGAUUAAUUCAAGGAAAUGAUAAAGUAAUGAUCAUAAAUGUUCUUCCUUGAGCUGCGUCACCCCGCAGCAGUCUGUAAUGGACUGGCUCGAGGUCUCGCUACAAACAAACGGCUGCUGGAAUAGAGUAGGUGAGUUGUGUUUAGUCCCUUCACUUAAGAAAUUAGGCAAAGCUAAGAAGAUGUUUGUUGGCUGGUACUACGGCUAGGACCCUAUACGUACUGUAGAUGAAGUUAGGUGCUGUUCUGACCAUUAUUUGUGGCUAUAGAGUGGCGUUUUGGUCGAGUGCAUGGCUCUGUGUAUUGUUAUCGUGUGGUUGUUCCUAAAGUUGGUAUAACUAGAGAAGCAAGCAGUCGGCAACAUUCAUCUCUUGACGGGGUGUCUAACUCGCUGUUACCAUGGGUUUGUUUGACCCGAACUGAAUGUUACGCUGGAAUAUCCCUUUAACCAACAAAAGCUGGUCUAGACCAAACUCUACUGACCAAGACCCAAUCUAAAGAAGGGAUAAGAUUGAGCCCCAUCUUGUAAGAUCAGACUCACUCUGAUCCCACCUUUAACCACUCAAGUGUAGCACUUUGCAGCAUUUAUUAAGUCAUAGUGAAGAGAAAAAACUUCCCUUAAACAGGCAGAAACCUUGAGCAGAACCAGGUUAUGUUAGACAGUCUACGGUCCACGGCAGCAAAACAUCUGCAGCUGCGAUCAAGAGGAACUUAUGACAUGAUGGAGUACAGGGAUCCCCAGACUCUAAUGGGAAAUAAUGAUUCAAAGUUAAUGAUACAGAAAGAGGACAGAGAAGGAGAGAAAGGUGCUCAGUGUGCCAGUACUCCCCACAGUUUAAACCUGUAGCAACAUGCUGGCCCAGGUCUGAACCAGCUCUUUUCUCUGCUUGGAUCAUUAUUAACAGGGUUCAACUGAUUUCAUGUUUUAACAUCUGUAGUGCUGCUCUUAACCAGUCCUACCUUUAGUUUAUGACUGUAUACAAAGCCAAGGAAAAGGAAACAUUCAGACUUUGCGUUGUAGCCUGUUCCUGCGUAAUAACACCAGCCUGCUGAAUCCAGUCUAUGAUAUUAUACUUCUUCCCAGUCUCCGUCUGUCCCCUAAACUUAAAAGUGAACGUGUCCUGCUGCUGCAGUGGGUUAUGAUGAAAUGAGAGCCAUGUCAGAGGAGAAAUGGAUAUCUGUGCCUCAUUUAAAAUGAAUUUCUCCCAGGACGAUGUUGAACACUGCUGCACUGUGAAGUGCCUCGAAAGGGGACAUUUCUCUUUGAGGUGGGGUCAAAGUUACUGUUCAAAGUUACUGUUACAGGUAUAUUAAAGGUUAUAAGUGAAUCUGAUAGGUGGUGAAACGGAUUUGUUUCUUUAAAAUCACCAUCUCCACUAGAAAUUAUUGAUGUGAUGUUUGUCAUUCACUUUUUUCCAACACUAUGAAUAAAAAAUCUCCAAACUUCAAAAUGACAUUAAAAUUCUGUCUCUGUUUCGGUGAAGGUUAGUGCUUUAUGUAACAGUCAGUCAAAGUUUUGGGUAACUGAUUUAGUUUCCCUCCUCUUUCCUUCUCUUCUCCUCCUCCUCCUCAGUCUCUCAGCUGAAGAGUACAAAGUCUUCUUGGAGCAGAGGGAGGAGAAGCUGAAAGCCGAUGCAGCAGCAGCCGCAGCUGCAGCUGAGAGUUUGCAGGGAAAAAAGAAAUGAAGACCUGCAGCAUCUUUUAUUUAUCAACCUAUUUCCGUGCUCUUUUUUUACCAACUCUGUACAUGAAACACAUUCAUGUAAAAACCUGUUGACCUGGUGUCUCCGAUCUGAAUAAACAGACCGUUGUUAUGUGAUUUGUUUCAGCAUCCUUGAUUGCUUGAAGAUUUGAGACUUUACAACUUUUUUUGUUGAAGAGAUUUCAUUUGAUCUCCGCAUUGAAAAACAGAUAUGAAAAUAUUUUCAGCCUGCAGCGCCUCAUUUCCUCCGAGCCAAGCUAAUCAAACCGUAAUUGUCUUGGAAGGAUUUGUGCAUUUGGCUCUUUGAUGUUAUUAUCUAUUAUUAACACUUUGGGAAGCCUUUUGGCUCUUUGUCAGGGUGUGCAGAUGGCUUUCAUGCACAUUUGACACACUGCUCAGCCAGUGAUCUUAAAGGUUCAUCAUGAAUAAUGCAGAACAUAUCACCAACUUGUAGCAGGGUGAUUAUUUAACUUUUAUUUGCUUUAAAUGGACUCAUAAAAGUCAAAACAUCUAAGUUUACUUACUUGACUCUGUCGUGGCGCUUUCAAACCACGAGUUUAACUGAUAUUUUUUUUGUGAUCAAAUGUUUUUAUUCACUUAUAUUUUCAUUUUCCUCUGCAAUAAUGACAACCACAGUUAUAUCAAAUAAGCAUUACAACAUACACACACACACACACACACACACACACACACACACACACACACACACACACACACACACACAAACACAUACCCCCCACCCCCACUCCUUGGACUUUGACCAUUAAAUGGACAGAACUCAUAACAGAAGGGAAACAAUAUUGAUAACAUUGAGAGAAUAAAAAUAAAUGAAUAACUAAACAAAAGUAAAUAAACCAAAGCAAGAUUAAUAAGACUUGGGCAGAGAAGGCUGCCAUUACUGAUGUUCAUUUGUAAUAUAUCUUGCAAGUCUGGCUUCGAUUUGCUCUGCUGCCAUGUGACAAGAUGAAAUAUUUUGUUUUGCGUUAUGAAUUCGGGCUAAACUGAUAUUAAAGACAAGUUUUACCUUAUGACCAGAGUUUUGUUUCACACAUUCUUAACAGGCUGUGUUUAUGAGUGACUAAAUGCAUUUAGAAUUGGUCCUAUUUUUUGGUUAUUCUGAUGCUCACCAGUGCUGAAAAAACAGUGUUUUGUUUGUAUUUUAGAAGGUUUUAAGGUUAAAAUCUGGAGUUCAGGGAGAUGUUUGCACAACUAACCAUGUCAUCAUUGUAGGUGCUGGAGAGAGCAAGUCCUACACAUUAAAAAUUCAACUUGUUCGGCUCUAAUGUAAAAGAAAAAACAACAACAUUUCAGCCCCCCAGACAUUCUUGUGGUGUGUUAUGUUUUUUGAUGUCAUUGUGUUUUGUCUCUUACUCGGAUGAAAGGUCCAGGGGGACCAAAACGUUGAGCUGUGCAAGUGUGGUGUACAGGACUCAAACUUGCUAAAACUAAAGGUUCAAUCUUGUUUUUGUUGCAACUCCUAUUUGUUUAUUUCAAGUUGUUUUCAUUUAAUGUUUUUCAGAUUUACAUUGCAGGUUUUAAGCUCAAGAUUGUUGGUCAGACGAAUGACGUUGAAGAUCUCUGUGACACAUGGACCUAAGCCUGGUAUUUCUUCACAUUUCCAUCACUAUUAACAUGUUUUUGUGAUUAUUGAGUAAUCACAGUCAUGACUCAAGCACAAUUCCUGUCUGGACAACCAGACUGGGCGUGACUUGCCUUGCUUCACUUUAUCAUGAUGUGCAUCAAUAUAAAAAAAGAUCUAUUAAAGGGUCACUUCACCCUGUGUGUUUGGCAACA